UUUUUUUUUUUUUAAUAAUGUUUAUUAAAAUUUCACAAGAAAAAACACCGCAUUAAUGAAGAAAAAAUUAACAAUAAAAAGAAAAAAUACAAAGGAAAAAAGGAAAAAAACAAUUAAAAACAAUUUCAUCUUUUCCUCACUUCUUUUACAUUUACUUGUUUCUCGGACCUCCUCUUACCCCCCUCUUUUGUAUUCUAAUUAAAUAUGUUAAUCCAACAAUUCCUUUCCCUCCUUUUUAAUCCUAAUCUUUAAUCUUAAUAUAAUAUAACUUAAAAUUUUAGAUUUUAGAUAUUAAAACCAAUUUUUCCAUAUUCUUUUAGCCUGUACAGCUAGAAACCCCUUAACUUCAAUCCAACAUCAUUCUAACAUUCAUUAAUUUUGCAAUAUUUCUGUAAAUAGUCUUUGAAUUUCUUCCAAUCUUCUUCCACCGACUCUUCUCCCUGGUCACGGAUUCUACCAGUCAUUUCCGCCAAUUCCAUGUAUUCCAUCAUUUUCAUCUGCCAUUCCUCCAGUGUGGGUAGAUCUUGUGUCUUCCAAUACUUUGCGAUGAGUAUUCUUGCUGCUGUUGUAGCAUACAUAAAGAAAGUUCUGUCCUUUUUUAACACCGAUUGGCCGACUAUGCCCAGGAGAAAUACCUCUGGUUUCUUCAAGAAGGUAUAUUUAAAUAACUUUUUUAUUUCAUUAUAUAUCAUCUCCCAGAAAGCCUUAAUCUUUGGGCACGUCCACCAAAGGUGAAAAAAUGUACCUUCAGUUUCUUUACAUUUCCAACAUUUAUUAUCAGGCAAAUGGUAGAUUUUUGCAAGCUUGACUGGGGUUAUGUACCACCUGUAUAUCAUUUUCAUAAUAUUUUCUUUUAAGGCAUUACAUGCCGUAAAUUUCAUACCUGUGGUCCACAACUGUUCCCAGUCAGCAAACAUAAUAUUAUGUCCAACGUCUUGUGCCCAUUUAAUCAUAGCAGAUUUCACCGUUUCAUCCUGAGUGUUCCAUUUCAACAGCAAGUUAUACAUCUUUGACAAAGUUUUAGUUUUGGGUUCUAACAAUUCAGUUUCUAAUUUUGAUUUUUCCACCUGGAAGCCGAUUUUCUUAUCCAAAUUGUAUGCCUCCAUUAUCUGAUAAUAAUGAAGCCAGUCUCGCACUUUGUUUAUUAGUUUUUCAAAACUCUGCAAUUUCAAUCUGUCUCCAUCUUGUUCCAAAAUUUCCCAAUAUUUCGGCCAAUUGACCUCCAUAUUGAGCUUUUUCAAGGCUUUCGCUUCCAUCGGUGACAGCCACCUUGGGGUUUUAUUUUCCAAUAAAUCCUUGUAUCUUAUCCAAACAUUAAACAGUGCUUUCCUGACAAUAUGGUUUUUAAAUGCUUUAUGCGCUUUGACCUUGUCAUACCACAGAUAUGCAUGCCAUCCAAAUACAUUGUUAAAGCCUUCUAGAUCCAAAAUGUCAGUGUUUUCAAGAAGCAGCCAUUCUUUCAACCAGCAAAAUGCUGCUGAUUCAUAGUAAAGUUUGAGGUCUGGCAGGGCAAAUCCACCUCUAUCCUUAGCAUCUGUUAGUAUUUUAAAUUUUAUUCUGGGCUUCUUGCCCUGCCAGACAAAUCUAGAAAUAUCUCUCUGCCACCUCUUGAAACAGUCCAUUUUGUCCAGAAUUUGCAAUGUUUGAAACAAAAACAACAUUCUAGGCAAUACAUUCAUUUUUACAGCAGCAAUAUGACCCAGCAGUGAAAGCUUCAAAUUUGACCAAAUUUCUAAGUCUUUUUUCACUUCAGCCCAGCAUUUUUCAUAGUUAUCUUUAAAUAAGUUCCCAUUUUUUGCUGUCAAGUUAAUCCCCAAAUAUUUAACUUUCUUAACCACUGUUAAACCUGUCUCAUUCUGAAACCUCUCUCUCUCUAUUGGUGUUAGAUUUUUCUCUAAAACCUUAGUUUUUACCUUAUUCAAUUUAAAUCCUGCGACUUGACCAAAUUCUUGAAUCAAUUCUAAAACCCUUUUGGUACUAAAUUCUGGCUCCUGUAACGUCAAUACUAAGUCAUCUGCAAAUGCUCUCAGUCACAGCGAGUAUUUCUCUUCUCCGCCUCCUCCUCAUGCUUUACAAAUGCUUCUACAUUCUUGAUAUGUUACAGCAAAAAAACAAACAGAUAACAGUUUGCCAGCCCUGGUUAAAGGUAAAUAAAUACUCUCAGCAUGUGCUGUUUUUCAUUCUGUAUUCACUUCCAUCAGAGCACUAUCAGGACCACAAGAACAUGAGUUUGUUUCUGCUGUCCUGAUGCGAAAUGUAUUAACUUGGGAAUCAGCACCACAUUGUUCUAGAAAGGGAUAAUAUAUUUUAAAACUAAAAAUAAUGCAAUGAGCAUCUGUUACCAUGCACAGCCAGCUACCCUCUCACUUAAAAAAGAGUUGAGAAGGAUGUGCAGGAGUCUGCGCCAUCCUCUCUGGGUCCCUAGCUGCCCAUAUGCCUGUUUGGAUCUGCCCCGAACAUCUGCUGCUUUUUCGGAGGUCAUUUGGGACCCGGGACUUCGGCCACUGACCUGCAAGCCCCGUUGUGCUAUGGGCAGAGAGUUGGUUCCCCGCUCUUUUAUCAAGUCGCUCUUGCCUCGGGCAGCGAACCAGGAACUAGGAAGUAGCUUCAGCCUCCGAUUUUACCGGCAGUCAGGCUGCGCGCACCCUCCCCAAUCCGAAUUGAGAAAAAAACCCGACCUGGUCGGUGUGCACACCCUCAGCCCGGCAGACUGCGAACCGGGACGUCGCCCCCUCUUUCCCAAGCUAAUGACUGGGACCGGAUGACUGGCGGUCUUUCGAGCCACGUUCCUCUCGGUCGACGCGCCGCCGGAAGAAUUUUGGCAGGUCCUUCCCGCGCUCCCGCCCUCAGAGCAAAACGAAGCGGGAGCUCGUGAGGCCGCCGAAAAGGUUCCCGAGCUCUCGGUGCGAGCGGAAGGCGGGAGAAGAGCUCGGCAGGCCCACCCCCACCCCGCUUUCCCGGAGGCUGCGCAGGGCGCAAGGCUAACGGCGCCGCGCGGCUGCAGACUCCCGGGCGGGACCGUCGGGGGGCGCGCGCCUGCGCCACUUUCUGCGCCCCUCCCGGGGCUUUUUCGCGGGACAGAGAGAGUUGCCAUGGCAAUAGCAGGAAGCAGCGCAGAGGGGCGGGGGGCAGGCAGCCAAUCCGCGCCUGGAGGGGCGUGGUGGUGGGCGUCCAGGUAGCUCCUUCCAACGCGGGCCGGGGGGGGGGGGCGGUGGUUUCUGGCUGACGCGCCUCGGCGGGCGGGGCGUGGUGACGUGCGCCGUGGAGGCAAACCUUGAGCUGGCAACAUGAGCCGCGAAAGGUGGGCGCAAGAGGAAGAAAGUCCGGCGAGGCGAGGCGCGCGCGCGGGGGGCGCUCGCGGCACCGGGGCUGCUGGCUGAGGGAAGAGCGAGGGAUCCCGUCGGAGGAGGAACUUGUCGCUCAGCGCGCACUUCCUCGGCCGCUAUGGUGAGCGGGGAGCCGGAGCUCGGAGAGAAGCGGACGGGGUAUCGAGCCGAGCCCGACCUGCUGCAAGAGGCGAAGCCCGAGCCGGCGGACGCCGAGACGCCCAACGGGUCCGCGCCGGGGUCGGAGCCGGAGGUGCGCCUGACGCGGCGGCGCUGGGCAAUCGUCUUCCUCUUCAGCGCCUAUUCGUUCUGCAACGCUUUCCAGUGGAUCCAGUACGGGAGCAUCAGCGUCGUCUUCGCGCGCUUCUACGGCAUGACCCCUUUCGCCAUCGACUGGCUCUCCAUGUGCUACAUGAUCGUCUACAUCCCGCUGCUCUUCCCGGUCGCCUGGCUGCUCGACAAGAAGGGGCUGCGCCUCAUCGCCCUGGUGGGCUCCGCUCUCAACUGCGUGGGCGCCUGGGUGAAGACGGGCAGCACGAAGCCAAACCUCUUCCCCGUCACCGUCCUGGGACAGGUCGUCUGCUCGCUGGCCCAAGUCUUCAUCCUGGGCAUGCCGUCCCACAUCGCUUCCGUCUGGUUUGGGUCCCGGGAGGUCUCCAGUGCCUGCUCCAUCGCUGUCUUUGGUAACCAGGUAGGUGGCAAAAUAUUCAGGUACGCAUUAAGCCACGGGUUCCCAAGUUGUGAUCCACAGAUCACCAGCUGUCCACAAGCUUUACUCAGAUCCUUCAUAGUGUAUCUGUGGCUGAAAAUAGGAGAUGGUGCAUCCGUUGCCUUUUAAUAUUUGUACUGAUUGCAUUUAAUUGCAUUUGUAUUUCUUAUAUUGUACUUUGUUGUGUUGCAGGUUGAAGUUUAUAGAAUUCAGAUUGUGUCUUUCAAAACUUAGAUACAGCUUUUCAUUUACAAAUGUAUGAAUCUCAAAGUGAUUCAACUACAGCAGUUCAGCUGCAACAGCCACAACUAAAAUAAAACUCAAUAUAUCUACGAUCAGGAAAUGCCAGGGUAAAAAGGAAGGUCUUUGGGAAAGUGCCCUAUUGUCAGUGCUCACUUGAUCUCUACAGGGAUCUACAGGGGUCACACCCACACCUUCCAUUAAAAGCACAUUUAACGGGGGCCCUUUUUUUGUAUUAAUCAUUGUGCAUUCGCCACCAAAGCAGCCACUAUGUGUCCUGGUGCCUCUUUCAGAUCAAUUGAGCAAGUUGUCAUGUCAUUGCAAUGGCAACACCAUCAAAAUAAAUAAAUUAGUGGGUGGGGGCACAAAAGGGACAAAGUAGGUUGAACCUUGUCCAACAUAUGGAAAUGAAAGAAGCGAUCAAAAAUACAAUUACAAAUCAUACAGCAUCUAGCACCAUUAUAAUUGCUACAAUAGACAGAAGAAUCAUUGAGUGGUCCACCAAUAUUCUUAGUAGUGGUCCAUGGCGAAACAUGGUUUGAGGACCACCAAAUUAAAUAAUGCCAACAAUUUCCAUCUUGUUCAAUAGUAUAAAGUCGGAGAGAAAGGGAUGAGGGGGAUUAGAGGAAAGGAGGUAGUCCUUUCCUCUGCAUAAGACCACAUAACACCGGUCUUGAAAGAUCUACAUUGGCUCCCAGUACGUUUCUGAGCACAAUUCAAAGUGUUGGUGCUGACCUUUAAAGCCCUAAACGGCCUCAGCCCUGUAUACCUGAAGGAGCAUCUCCACCCCCAUCGUUCUGCCCGGACACUGUGGUCCAGAGCCAAGGGCCUUCUGGCGGUUCCCUCGCUGCGAGAAGCCAAGUUACAGGGAACCAGGCAGAGGGCCUUCUCGGUAGUGGCACCCGCCCUGUGGAAUGCCCUCCCAUCAGAUGUCAAAGAGAAGAACAACUACCAGACUUUAAGAAGACAUCUCAAGGCAGCCCUGUUUAGGGAAGCUUUUCAUGUUUAAAGACCACUGUAUUUUAAUAUUUUGUUGGAAGCCACCCAGAGUGGCUGGGGAAACCCAGCCAGAGGGGCAGAGUAUAAAUAAUAAAUCAUUAUCAUUAUCAUCUGAUCUUGAGAGGGCUGAUCCAUGUUUUUGCUUGCCCCAUGCCUAGAAAGGACAGGCCCACAUGGUUUUCCACUUGACCCACUCUUUCUAGGCACAGGUCCAAGUAGUUUUCUCCAUUCUCAGGGAAAACCUGCUCUUUAGCUCUAAAUUGGAGCAAACAUCAAUCCAUUCCAGAGCAAACCCAAAUUGCUAUUUGCCAUUGGCCCAUCUGGGGUUCUAGUUCCCCUGCCAAUCAGCUGACAUCACCCUGAUCGGUGGGUGUCAGCUGGUGGGCAGGGGUGGUGGUGUUCAAUUCUUCAUUGGUGGUGUGCACUAGUUCCCUGCAGAGAACUGGUGUUCACAGAUAAUGCAACAGGAUGGUACACUUAGUUCACCAGCUUAUCAGCAGGGUGGUGUUAGUGUUAAAUUCUGGUCAGUUUGCCUGAACAAAUCACUUUGCAUUGAAACCCCUGUGAUCAGGAAGGGGGUUGAAUCAAAACUCCUGCUAAAACUAACCCCCCCCCCCACUUUAUCGGUGUGCUUUGAUGUUCCGACUUUGGGACUUCAAAACACCAAAUAACAUGAUGCCGUUGUGAUAUCAGAUGAUUUACAGGCAGGCCACCCACCUCUCAGAUUUGGUUUGAGAGACCAAUUCUGAUAAGGAUCUGACCUGUGGAGCCAAACAGGUUCCCCGCCUGUGAUCUACUUUGUAGGCUAAAAGCUUGCUAGCAUAAAGGAAUCACUAACCAGUGGAAAGUAACAGUGGCGAGUAAAUCUAGAUGUAAGACAUGUGUUGCUAUACUUCCUCAGGCAUGUGCAUAGCUGGUGCACCAGCCUAAAUUAGGCAUAAAUGCUCCUGGCAAAUCCUGGUGCAAGGCAGAACCCAGGAGGAUGCCCAGACUGUGAGUCUGAUUCUUCAAGGUGAGUACUACCCCAUCCAAAACAGGCUGAGUCCCUAUUCCAGAGUCUGCAUCCUUCCUGACUGGGAGUGCAUGUAUCUUGUUUCAGCUUCCAUUUAUUCAUCCAGCCCAUUACUGUCCCUAGGGAUGUGCUUCUGCUAAAGUUCAGUACAGUGAUACCUUGGUUUACAACCAUAACCCGUUCCGGAGGUCCGGUUGUAAACCAAAACAGGUUGUAACCCAAGGCGCACUUUCACCAAUGGGGCCUCCCAAAAAAAAUAAUGGUUGUAAUCCAAAAUAAAAAUGGGUUGUAAUCCAAAAAAAGAGACACACACUUAAGGGUCUGAUGUGGUUGUAAUCCAAAAUGGUUGUAAUCCAAAAUGGUUGCAAACCAAGGUACCACUGUACCUUUCCUAGCUAACAGCCGAAGUCUGGAACAGUUUUCAUGCUCUCCGAACAGCAUAAGGUGGUUUUCCAGAUUUUUAUUGUUACUGAAUUUUCAGAACUUCCUUAUGAAGUUAAAAUAACAACCCAGUUAUUUUGUGCAGUUUUUCCCCCUCUCUUAUUUUACGUCAUACUUUAUUUCUUACUGGUUUCCGAUAUAUAUAUAUAUAUAUAUAUAUACCAACAUUUAUAAUACUGCAUGAUUGUAGUAAAACCUCUACUCUGAUAAAUAUUAAAAUUAUCAAUAAAGACAGUUAAAAACAAUUAGUGGCUCUCUUGUGAUGCUGGCAGCAGAUCUGAGCUCUAUACUUCCCCCUCCUUUCAAAAUUGGCAUUGUUAUCAGAGAAGUGGCUUCCUGGGCAGGGGAAAAUAAAGAAAAUGUAUGUGUACAUCAAAGUACAAUUGUCUCUGGUGAGUUUGUUUGUGCAUGAUGUGGAGGAAGUGUUCAAUGUUCUCUAUCCUUCCGCAGGGGUAGCCAGUGUGGAAUCCAACAGAUGCUCUAGGCUAGGACAACAAUUCCCAUCACCUGUGACCAUGCUGGCCGGGGCUGGUGGGAGUCCAGCAAUAUCUGCAGACCACAGCAUUGGCUCCCCUUGCUCUAGUCUCCCUAAAUGCUGAUUCUGCUGCAUCAAAGGGAAUUCCCACAUGCAUUUGCCGCUUUUAUCUUGAUUAAGAGGGAAUUCCAGGAUUUUCCUGCCUUUGCGUUUGUGGUUAACCUCACUGUGAAACUAAGGCCUUCAUUUUAAAUAUAAGAUCAUGCAACUAACCCUCCAACCCUCAAAGACUGGGUUGUAUUCAGCAAUGUGCUCUUCUGAUCCUUCUGCCAAUGCAAGCGUUUUGGCUAGCCGGUUGAAAUGCUCUCCUUCCCCUCCCUGCCCAGAGCAAACGCUGUUCUGGAGUUCUCCAGAAACCCUCUAAGCCAAUCUGGGUGGGUAGAGAGUUGGGGAAGCCACGUUGUUCAAGCAGAAGUCCUUGCCAAGGGCUCAUUAGGUGAAUCAUACCCUAUUAAGAAAGUGAGAGGACCACAAGGCAGUUUAUAAUAAAAAACACAAAAAUGCAUAACAUAGUAACAAACAAAAACAGUGCUCCCCUUGCAGUUUAAAAGGCCAUGUUUCUGUCAAAAUAGGUAGAGACAGGUGGGUUUUUAAUGUUUGAUAUUUUGUUGUCGUUUUAUAAUUUGUUGGAAGCUGUGGAAACCCAGUCAGGUGGGCAGCAAGCAAACAAACAAAUAAAUCUAGCUGCUUUAUAAUAGCUUGUAUUUGGAACAUUUUCUUUGCAAUGAAUGGCCACCAUAGGGGAUGUAUUAGUACUUCUGCAAACUUGAUGGAUCCUCUUACUUGAAAAUUUCUCUUUAUUUUCUUGCCAAGUAUGCUGCUCUCCAGUUGUUUGUCCUAGACAGAAUAUUAUUGCUAGCAUCUGCUGUGCUCAAUAAUGGUGUUCUUUUCUAAAAUCAGGAUAUUACGGAGCUGAACAAGAGCAAACAAAAUAAGUUGCCCUCCGGCUCCUGUAUAAGAAAUGCUCUGUGUUCAGGUUCUUCCUCCUCACAGGCGUGGAUUGCUGAAGGCAAAAGGGAAGUGCCUGAUGCUGACAUUGCGCAAUAAGAAGAUGUCUUGGCUUUCAGGCGCACUUCCUGAGUUCUGCACAUGCAGAAGAUAUAGGCAUAAUAAUAGCUGUGAUCGUUAAAAGUCAGUGUCGUUGGAAGCAAAUGUUUCCAUAUGAAGGUGUUGGUGAAGAUUGCUGUAUGCAUUUGAAAGGAGAUAAGUGUGCUUGUCUCACCGGACUGAGAUUGCAUGUCCUUAAGAAUGAUCUCUCACAACAAGUACCAUUGAUGCAUUUUAAAUGGCUCUUCAUAGCAGAGACACUUAACUUUGUAAAACUGUUUGAGCUGUUAAGAGACCUAAGUCAGCAGCUGAACAGUUCCUCUGCCAGAGUUGUCGGGAAAUGCACACAUGCAGACAGAGAGAGAGAGAGAGAGGGAAGGAAGGAAGGAAGGGAGAAAAGAAAGAAAGAAAGAAAGAAAGAAAGAAAGAAAGAAAGAAAAGGUCAAAUAGAACUCAAAGAUAGAACAUUUCUAUGGGAUUUGACCAUGGGUCGGCAAACUAAGGUCCACGGGCCGGAUCAGGCCCAAUUGCCUUCUAGAUCCGGCCCAUGGACGGUCCGGGAAUCGCAGAGUGGAUCGCCAGCAUGCAUGUUCUUUCCCUCUCCCUCCCACUGCUGCACUUUCCUCCUCAGGGAUGGAGCAAUCGUGUCCCAUUCUGGGUGCCAUUGAUGGCGGGAGUCGGCUCACCCACCUGCCUGCCUCAGCAGGGCAGUGCUGUGAAGGGGGCUGUCAGGGAACUGCCAUCGGACGGAAGGGAGGUGAAAGGGCUCACACAGGUUGGGAGAGACGCAGCAGCUGAAGAGGAAACCAACAGGGAGGUGAAAGGGCUCACACAGGUUGGGAGAGACGCAGCAGCUGAUGAGGGAACCAGCAGGGGGAGAGGAGCUGAGCUGGAGGGAUGGCUCAGAGACACUUCCAGCGAAAACAGUGGAGAGGUUUCAGGACCUCCUGUAAGAACACCCACUCCUCGCCGGAAACUGUCACGCAGAGAUUCCAGAAGACGUGUUUCCGUUAAGGAGCUUUUAUGUUGGAAGCGAUUACGAAAGCAACCACUGUCGGAAUCUGCUAGUGACUAGAGUAGCCAUGUCUGAGGGGCUCUGUCACAGACAGAGGUUUGUGGACUUGAACAAACUCUGAGGGGAUACGAUUUUACGCACAAGCAGCUCAUCAUCCCAUCACAGCAUUCCGACAGUCUUUGAAAGCAGCUUGUGCAGGAGAAGGUAUCAUGAGCAACCCAGCCGGAACCGGAGAAGCAGGAGCUGGAGCGGGUCCAAGCCUGGAAGAAAGGUACCAGAUGUUGGAGGUCCAGCUAGCGAUGCAGACGGCGAGGCUUGAGGAGAGGAGGGCUCAGGAUGCAGACAAAAGGGGGAAGCCACCCAGUUCGCCAGAAAGGUACCAGGAUUGGUGCAGAAGUUUGGGGGGGAGCCCAAAAACUAUCAUGGUUUUCGGACAGAAAUGCAAUAUGCCCUCAAUCUGCAGUUUGAUGAAUUCCCUGACGAGGAAUCACGAGUGGCUUUCGUGAUUGAGCAUCUUGAAAAGGGGGCGAGAGACUGGGUUAGACCCCUGAUGGCAGCGAAUAGUGACGUCUUAAAAGACACGAUGAAGUUCUUUCGCGCCAUGGAUCUGAUGUUUUCCAGCGAUAUUGAAAAGGGAGUGGUGCGCAGACAGUUAAUGGGUUGCAAACAGGGGAGCCGAUCUGUCCGUGAGUACUGGACUGAGUUCACCAUGCUUGUUCACAGAUUGGGGUGGGACUUAUCGGCGGAACCCAUUCAAAUGCUCUUUGAAGAAGGGCUUUCUUCGGCUGUGAAAGACGAACUUUCCCGGGCGCCCAGGGCGGAGUCUAUGGACCAGCUGACCAAAUCAGCGCUGGCCAUAGGAGCGCGCCAGGAGGCGAGAGCAUUGGAGAGGCGGGAAGGGAAAGGGGAACGUUGGAAGGAGUUCCGCAUUCCAGACAUUCCAGAGCCAACUUUCCCACCGGCAGAGCCGAUGGAAAUCGGAACAGCGCGCGCGCGCGCAGUUUCAAAGCCCAGUGAGGGGGCAAAGAAGGAGGGAAAAGGCGCCCGGAAAUGCUAUCUCUGCCAACAGCCAGGUCACUUUGCCAGAGUCUGCCCCCAGAGGAAAGAAUGGCAAGGGAUGGUAGGGGCUGUGGAUGGAAGAGAGGAAAAUAUACCGGAGCAAGUAAAAGCCAACGCCUGGCUGCCACUGUCAGGGCACAGCAGCCAGGCCAAAGAGCAGUGAGAGUGCCCACGCCAGAACCUCCUAAACCCGCCCUAGUGAUAGAAGUGACGCUAGAGCUGCCAAACGGACACCCUCUAAAGAUAAAGGCGCUGUUGGACUCAGGCAGCUCCUGCAAUUUCAUGAGCAAAGAGUUUGCAGCUGAACACCAGAUACAGACAAUCCUUUAAGCAGCCCCUGCAGGUGACCACGAUCGAUGGCAGGGAGCUGUUGGGUUGAGAAGUCAGAUUGCAGACCGUCCCAAUGAUAAUGAAGGUAGCAAGGCACACCGAACUGAUAGCUUUAAUGUGGCCACCUUGGGAGGAGCUCCCAUUAUAUUGGGGAUGAGCUGGCUAGCGUUACAUGAUCCGCUGGUGGGCUGGCAUCAGAGAGUGGUUUCUUUUGGUUCAGCACAUUGCUUAGAACACUGCAAAGAGGGAAAGGGUUUGGCAGGGGUCCAAGCCACCCUAGCAGGGACUGAAGUAACAGAGAACGUGAAGGUACCACGACAAUAUGCAGAUCUCCGUGACGUCUUCAGCGAAAGGGAAGCUGACCAACUACCCCGCAUAGACCCUUUGACUGUCAAAUCAACUUACUCCCUGGAGCACAGCUCCCUGUAGGCAAGCUGUACGCCAUGUCAGACAGAGAGAUGCAGGAGUUAAGAGAGUUCAUUGACAAGAACCUGAAGAGAGGGUUCAUCAGAGAGUCCAGGGCGGUGGGGGCAGCCCAGUGUUUUUGUGGAUAAGAAAAACACGAACAAGCCGAGGCUGGUGUGUGACUUCAGGGCCUUAAAUGCAGUGUCAGAACCAGUAGCCUUCCCUAUGCCCAGGAUUGACGACAUUUUGACAAGGGUGCGGAAGGGAAAGAUUUUUACAAAGCUGGACCUAAGGGGGGCGUACAACCUGGUACGAAUAAGGAAGGGGGAUGAAUGGAAAACCACUAUGUUCACCCCUUUAGGGGCAUUUGAAUAUUUGGUUAUGCCCUUCGGCCUCCAAGCAGGCUCCGCAACCUUUCAAUCGUUUAUGAACCACGUCCUGGGGCCUUUGCUUUACAAGAAUUGUGUGGCCUUUUUAGACGACGUGUUGGUGUAUUCUGAGAAUGAGGAGCAGCAUGUGAGAGACGUCAGAGAAGUGUUGAGCAGGCUGCAAGCCAACCAGCUGUGGGUGAAACUGGAGAAGUGUCAGUUUCAUACCAAGGAGGUGGAAUUCCUGGGGUAUUGCCUGUCAGACAAGGGAUUGGCCAUGGAUCCCGGCAAGGUCCAGGCUGUGCUGGAAUGGAAAGCACCCAAAACAAAGAAGGAUGUGCAGAGGUUCCUAGGAUUUGGGAACUUCUAUCGUAAGUUCAUCCGAAACUUUGCCCACCUGACGGCGCCCAUUACGGACUGUCUCAGCAGUAAGAAGAAGUUCGUGUGGACUGAGGAGGCGGAGCGAGCAUUUGAGGAACUAAAAGGGCCUUCGCCUCGGAACAACAACUCCAGCAUGUGGAUUUACAAAAACCGAUGAGAGUGGAACCUGACGCAUCAGACAGAGCGAUUGGGGCGGUGCUACUGCAGCCAGGCAAGAAGGGGUCAGAGUGGAGACCGUGUGCCUUUUUUCGCGAAAGCUGAACAAAUCCGAGAGGAACUACACGGUGUAUGACCGAGAACUACUAGCCAUUCAUGAGGCGUUCCGGAGAUGGAGGCACCUGCUAAUUGGCGCACAACAUAAGGUGCAAGUGUGCACUGACCACAAGAACCUAGAGUAUUGGAGGACGGCACGAGUGCUCAACCAACGGCAAGUGAGAUGGGCCCAGGAGUUCUCCAAAUUUAACUUUGAGAUUAGUUACGUGCCAGGCCCAGAGAACAUUAGGGCGGACGCUCUCUCACGCAAACCUGAAUAUUUGGAGGGGAGGGGCACCCGAAGAGAGACAUGUCAUUCCAGAAGACCGCUGGGUGUGUGGGGCGGCAUUGGUGGGACAAAGAGAACUGGUAGAGGAAACAGAGAAUGAUGAAUACGCCCAGAAUAAGCUCAGAGGUCUUAGGGGUGAUGGAGAGGAACCAGGGGGUUUCGAGGAAAGAAAUGGAGCUUUGUAUUACAAAGGGGCACUGUAUAUCCCUGAAGGAGAGUUAAGGGGAGGGUACUCAAGCAGUUGCACGACAGCCCUACGGCGGGGCAUUUUGGACAACACAAAACCAUGUGGUUGGUCACCAGGGAAUUUUGGUGGCCUAAGGUGAGGGAAGAUGUACGUGAGUAUGUAAGAGGGUGCGAGCAAUGCCAGCGAGCCAAAGGGGAAAGGCGGGCGCCGGCGGGGCUAUUAGAACCCUUACCAACCCCAGAACGACCUUGGGAGGCAGUGUCGAUAGAUUUUAUGACUGAUCUGCCGAAGUCCAAAGGGAAAACAGCCAUCAUGGUGGUGGUAGACCUACUAACAAAGAUGUGCCACUUUGUAGCUUGCUCGCAUGCAGUCACGGCGGAAGAGACAGCGAAGUUAUUUGUAGAAAACAUUUUUAGGUUGCACGGGGUGCCAUUGAGGGUGGUCUCAGACCGAGGAAAACAAUUUACUUCCAGGUUCUGGAGGAAGCUCAUGAGCUUACUGCAGGUGGAGGUCAAUUUUUCGACUGCCCGGCACCCUGAAACCAACGGGCAGGCGGAAAGAGCAAACGGUGUCCUCCAGCAAUACCUGAGGUGUUAUGUCAAUGACAGAGAGAAUGACUGGGUAGAAAAGUUGGCGCUGGCGGAAUUUGCCUACAACAAUGCCGAGAAUGUGUCCACAGGGAUGAGCCCCUUCUUGGCUAAUUAUGGGUGUCAUCCCAGGGCUUUCCCAGUGGGAGAGGGGGAGAGAUGGAGCGUCCCGGCAGCCGAGCAUUUUGUGGAAGAAAUGGAAGCAAUCCAUCGUCAGCUCCAACUCAACUUAGAAAGGGCGAAGGAAGAAUACAAGAGGCAGGCAGACAAGAACCGAAGGGAAGGUGAAACCAUAAGGGUGGGAGAUAGGGUGUGGCUGUCAACCCAAGGGCUGCCGUUCAAAGGAGGUUGUAAGAAAUUAAGACCCAGGAGGUUGGGUCCCUUUGAGGUCAUUCAACAGGUCAACCCAGUGGCUUUCAGGCUCCGGUUACCCAACCACAUGAAACUGCACCCAGUAUUUCACAGGUCGUUACUGUCACCGUACGAAGGGGGACGAGAAGGGCUGGCCACUCGGGACCGGUCGUAGAAGAAAGAGAAUGCAGCAGCCAUGUGGCAGAAAUCCUCGACGCCAGGUGGAAGGGGGAUCAGGUGGAGUAUUUGGUAGCGUGGGAAGGAGAACCGGAGUCAGAAAACACUUGGGUAAUGGCUGAAGAUAUCAAUGACGAGGUAUUGAUAGAAACGUUCCAUCAAAGGUUCCCAAGGAAACCUCAGCCUGUAGAGAGGUUCCGGAGGGAAUACUUUGGGACCACUGAUGAAGGGGAGGAGUUGGAAGGAUUCCCGGACUCGGAAGGGGAAGGGGAGAUGGACUCUGAGGAGGAGGUGUACUUCGAGACCAGGAACCGCAACAGGUUGAGAGAAGUGUUCGAGACAUCGGAAGAUGAAGGAAGUUCAUUCCGGGUUUUACCUCCUCACCGCCCGUAGAGGAGGGGGCGAGAGGGGGUGAAGGGGGCCCUGGAGGGGAGGUGGAUGUCAGGGAACUGCCAUCGGACGGAAGGGAGGUGAAAGGGCUCACACAGGUUGGGAGAGACGCAGCAGCUGAAGAGGAAACCAACAGGGAGGUGAAAGGGCUCACACAGGUUGGGAGAGACGCAGCAGCUGAUGAGGGAACCAGCAGGGGGAGAGGAGCUGAGCUGGAGGGAUGGCUCAGAGACACUUCCAGCGAAAACAGUGGAGAGGUUUCAGGACCUCCUGUAAGAACACCCACUCCUCGCCGGAAACUGUCACGCAGAGAUUCCAGAAGACGUGUUUCCGUUAAGGAGCUUUUAUGUUGGAAGCGAUUACGAAAGCAACCACUGUCGGAAUCUGCUAGUGACUAGAGUAGCCAUGUCUGAGGGGCUCUGUCACAGACAGAGGUUUGUGGACUUGAACAAACUCUGAGGGGAUACGAUUUUACGCACAAGCAGCUCAUCAUCUCAUCACAGGGGCAUAUGACGCCGGCUGCCACUGCAUUUUCCUCCUCCUCUUCCUCCCUCUCCCUCAGUCUGCCCUUCCUUCUUUCUCUGUGCUGCUUCCUCGCACGCUUUCUUCAUCCCUCCCUCCCUCCUUCAUUCCUCCCAUGGCAUUCAGGGGGGUUGUUGCAGUGGCUGUGGCUGCCGCUUGCGGGUUGGCAGGCAGCUCUGUCUUCACGGUGCCCCUCGGGAAGCAUUAGCAGCAGCAGGUGGUGGGUAAAAGCUCCGGCAACGCCCUGGUUCCCCUACCUCCGUCCGCGGCUCCUCCGCCGGUACUGCUGCUUCUGCCUUCGCCAGCCAACGCCGCCUCCUACCCCGCCAUGGCACCUGGCUGGCUGGAGAAGCCCAACUGCAGCUAUUGGGACAACAACUGGGACAAGUAAAGCGAAGCAUCUUCAGGCCUCUUUGCGGGCGGGCAAAAAUCGUUGUGUCCCCCUCAAAAAAAUAUAGUUGGCCCCCCACAAGGUGUGAGGGACAGUGGACCGGCCCCCUGCUGAAAAAGUUUGCUAACCCCUGGAUUUGAGUGUGGGGUCCCUCUUUUCCCUAAAGAGGGUACAGGUUACUGUAACAAAGAGUUGACUUUUGUAAUUUUGCAACGUUUGCGGCUGCUUCAUGGUGUAACAUAGAUACUUAUGUAGUAGAAACAUGUCAAUGCGUUUGCCCGCUGCUUUGCACUUGGGCAGGAGUCCAGGGGAUGCUGGCAUAUUUGGGGAGCAUGUUGCCUGGGCAUAUUGCCUAUGCUGCAUUUUCAUGGUGCAUUGUUUAAGUAUCUGAUGUGACCAGACCCUCUUUCUGCCAGAUUUCACAUGUCUCCUUGGUUGAAAUAAAGUUGAUUUAUCUUUCUGAUGUCUCACUCUGUUGGAGUUUGGUAAUUAUAUUAUAGUGCAGAACAAAAUAGUCUGGUUAGACUGCUGGCUGAAAGGAUAAAGAAAACUCAAGGCCAUUCUAAGUACAGGUUUACAGAUGGCCAAGUUGGAACCAAGAAGGUAACAGUUAAUACUGAUACCUGUGGUCUUAAAAAUUUCAGCAGCAUCCUGUACGAGGCCAAAAUUUAACGACUUUCCCAACUCUUAUCUUCCAUUCUGCUCAGUUCACUACAUUAUAAUUGCAAAGCCCUCCAGCGUCCUUUCUGUUGGCACCAAGUGCACCAGACCCAAUCGCACUCCCCAAAAUCCACCUCUGCUGAUACUGAACUUGUAGACGAUACAGUAAGUAAAACCUGAAUGAAAGGAAGUAGUUACUGAAAGAGAAGGAAUCAGUGAGGAGGAAGAGCAGAUUACCUUUCUAUCUCUCACAAUUUCCCUUUGUUCAGGUAGCUCAAGAUAGCAUCUAAUUACCAACAUUUAUUCUAAAGGCUUGUCAGCUAGUGCGUUUGCCCCAUUCCAGAUAAUCCCCACUUGUGCUUUUUCAUUGUUUAAGUUAUCACAUGAUUUCCUGGAACACACCACACACAAUGUUGCAAGAGGGAUCUAUGAGACUCCUUCUGCUUUCCUGCUCUCCAGCUGAGUGUCUUGACCUUAAACCCAGAAUGCAAACACUGAGAUAGGGAGACAAUGUUUUUGGGUUGCCAUUGGGGACGUGGUACGUUAGACAUAUCUUGUAGACUCUGCUUUUGUUUCAGGGACAAAAGUCUGGAUAAUCUCUCUUAUAAAAUGUUUGAUGCGAUAUCACACAGUACUGUUCCUUGAGCUGUUCAUAAUGUUUUUAGUAGCCCUCUGCCUUUCAGCUAGGCUGUCAUUUUGUUUAGAGGAAUAAUUUGUCUGGUACUGUAGUUUUUUCAAAGUUUGCUGUUGUGACCCAACAUGUUUGACUUAUGUUUGGUGGCUAUCCAAGGUGGGCUUUGGUGUCAAAUUAAUUUUAUUUAUUUAUUUUUUAUUUUUUUUUAAAUUUGCAUUUUAUUUAUUUGUUAACAUUCUUAUAUUACAUCGGUAAACGUUGUCAUAUUACAUUACAGGACUUACUAUAAUAUAAUUUCCAACAUGUAUACAAUAAUUACAUACAAAUUUUAUAUACCUAGAAAGAAAAUGAAACAAAAGAAAGAACAAAAAGAGAAAACAAAAACAACCCCCCCCCAAAAUCAUAUACAUACCAACACACUAGACUUCCUGUCUAUCCCAUUGUAUAUUCCCUUUUUACAAAUGAAUGUACUCUUAUUAUUGUAUAUUUCUUUACAUUUUAUCUAAUACAUUCCUAUAUCAAUAUGUGCUCUUAGUCUUAUUUCUCAACUCAUUCUCACUCCAACAUCAAUCAAAUGCUAGCAUAGAUAGCGAACCUAUACUGUAUUUUUGAACAUAUGUUUUAUAUCUAUCCCACUUUUCCAUAAAUUUUUGUUUUGAAUUGCCUCUCAGGGUAUUUCUUAACUGCGUCAUUUCAGCAAAUUCUUGUAGCUUGUAAUGCCAGUCCGUUUUGUUGGGGCUUCUUGUUCCUUCCACCCCUUUGCCACCAAAGUCUGAGCUGCGGCCGUUGCAUAUAAGAAUACCUCCCUAAAGGCCUUCGGGAUGUCCUUGCCAACAAUGCUUAACAGAAAUGCCUCUGGUCUUUUUAAAAAAGUUAUCUUCCUACAUGUCCACCACAUAUGAUGCAUGUCGCCAUUACUCCCACCACACCUCCAACAAGUAGUCGCUAAAUUUUUAUACAUCUUUGAUAGUCUUGAGGGGGUGAGGUACCAUCUGUGCUGCAUCUUUUCUUUGAUGUUAUAACACGCCGUAAAUUUCAUAUUUGUUCUCCAAAGCUCUUCCCAUUCGGCCAUCAUUAUUAGAUGCCCAAUGUCCUGUGCCCAUCUAAUCAUUGUUGCCUUAACCUCCUCCUCCUUAACUUCCCAUUCCAGGAGGAGUCAAUAUAUUCUCGAAAUUACCCUGAUUUUAUUAUUUAUUAAUUGUGUUUCGAGUUUAGAGGGCUGAUUAUCAAAUCCAAUCUUUUUAUCUUGUUUAAAUAUUUCGUAUAUUUGAUGGGGCUUUGGUGUCAAAUUAAACUAGAUGUAAUUUCUGCAAAUGAAGUCAUAAAUGGUAAUGGUGUUCGGCAGAAACUGCCUUUAAGUUCUUGCAUAUUUUAUUUUAUUAUAUUGUAAUAUUAUUAUAUUAUAUUAUAUUAUAUUAAUAAUGUCAUUGAACUGAUAAAAAAUGUCCUGAUACACGGGCUGGCAGGGUGGCCCUGGACAUUUUGCCACUGUAGGCAAAAUGCCCCAUCACCUAACACCCCCCCAUCCAGGCCCCCUCCCUACCCCCAGUGUUGUGCCCACGCUGUUGCCGGCCUCGCCACCAGAAUUGCACCCUUGUCUGCAGCUGCACCCUCACUGUCUCUACGAUGCAGCGGCAGUGGUGAAGGUGCAGCAAUAGCAGUGAGGGCAAGGAUGUUGUGGCAGCAGCAUGGGCAGUGAGCUGGCAGUGGCACAAUGGCAAAGCACGGGUUGGAUCUGCUGCCGAGGCAAAUUGCUUCACCUCCUCGCCGGCUUUGAGAGUUGUAUGCUGAGCCAAAUAAAACUGCACUGGAUAAUUGCAAUAUGCUUUUCAGAACAUUCACACAUACAUUUGUAGUGCCCUUAAAUAUGUCCCUCACAUAUUGUGACUACAAAUGCCUGCUAGCCAGCUAGAUUAACCCAACCUUGCUGCUUUAACUUUGCCCUGAAUGUGAGCCCAGGAGGGCCAGAAGUCUGCAUAUGCAAGGCAAGUUUUAUUUGAGUAUUGAACUGAACUAGGAUGUGCAUUUGAUUCUGGGAAAGGAGGGGGACUGAAAUGAGCUGAGCGAGGGUUUGGCAAUGGAAUUUUCCCAGGAAAUACCAGAAAACAUUUCCAAAGAGAAAAAUAUAAUAUAGUAUAAUAUAAUAAUAUAAUAUAAAUAAAGGUGGCCAAGGAACAGUAAUGCCUAAUCUUUGCACAGUGUUCAAAGUGCUUCAUGAGCACUAUUGAGUUGCGAAUGUUACAACAAUCCUGCAAGGCAAGUCAGUUUUAUAGUCAAAUAUUCUAUUUCCAGAGUGCAGGGUGGCCACAUCAGCACCCAUGUAUGAGAGGAAAGUAUCUAUAGGCUCGUGAGACCCCUGAAAUGCACAAAAAUACAACAGAUCUUAGUAUUGGCAUCCUCUUAGCAUCAGUGGUACAUUUCUUGAUGUGCAGUAUACAGUAGUUUUCUGUGUAUAAGACUAGAUUUCUUAAUUUAAAAAUCAUGUUCAAAAUUGUGGGUUGUCUUAUACACGGAUACAACCUCCCCCCAUUUUCUCAAUUUGGAGUCCCCCCCAAAAUAGGGGGCGUCUUAUACACAGAAAAAUAUGGUAACAUUGAAGCUGAGCUUCUCUUGGUGUGGAUUUGAACAACUCCAAAGCAACCUGGGGAGCUUUGAUCCUCUUUGUUUUCCCUUCUUACUCUUGAAUCUGGACUCUUAGGUGAGAGCAAAAGGGAGAUUUUAAAGGACAGCAAGGCCGAGGUACCACUGUAAUUGCUUCUAAAGUCCAGGGGAGAAAGUGGAGUGUGUGUUUUACAGUGGUACCUCAGGUUAAGUACUUAAUUUGUUCCGGAGGUCCGUUCUUAACCUGAAACUGUUCUUAACCUGAAGCACCAAUUUAGCUAAUGGGACCUCCUGCUGCUGCUGCGCCGCCGGAGCCCGAUUUCUGUUCUUAUCCUGAAGCAAAGUUCUUAACUUGAAGCACUAUUUCUGGGUUAGCGGAGUCUGUAACCUGAAGCGUAUGUAACCUGAAGCGUAUGUAACCUGAGGCACCACUGUAUUCCAGCAGAGAUGUGGCUCCUGAAGAAAUGACUGGGUUUGUAAAACUAGAUGCCAGCCUGAGGGGAAAUUAAGCAACACUGAGACACAAAUAGCCUGCAUACCACUUUCUGCAGCGCAUCUGUUGAUGCUUAGCUUGGGCCUGACUGCAGUGCACUUAUUUUUGGGAUUGGUUGCAUUUAUGGCAAUGGCACAUCCAAUCCCCACAACCUGCACGUACCAGGGACUUCCUCUCCUCUGCUCAAGGCUGCUGUCCAUACAUAUGGCUGACAGUGGGAAUUGUGGAAUAAGCACCGUUCUAUUAAGGCUUCAUCAGAUAGUUGCAACCUUUACCAUUCUGUAUGAGUUUUACAUGGCUGAAAUAUCUCCCUAGUGAGGAGGAAAUAGGGUGUAGCCAUGUGUCUUCUGCCCUUGUGGGUCUUGUAGUAGCCAGCAAAACCGGUGUGAUUAUUUAUUUUGCUAUAUCUUAGUGCUGCUUUUCAGAAAAUUAUUGUUUGCCAAAGAAGUUCACAUUAAAAAGAGAGGGAGGGAGGGGCAUUGCUACCGGGCUUACAAAGACACAGCAGGGAAGGGGAGAGGGUAGAAGAAGUAGAGGAAGGAAAUAAGUUAUUUAAGGCCAGAACAAAGAGGUGAAGAAUAAGCAGGCAUUUCUCUCUAGCUGAGUUUAGGCCAUUUUCUUUUUAUUUAUUUGCUUGUUGAUGUUUCCUUAUUGAAUAGUCUUUUGGGGGCUCUUGUUCCUUGGUGGAUGUAGAGCAUCUUCCCAUCUUGCUUCUGUGGUCCCAGUGCAGCUGGCAUUUGGAGUGGAGCAUCCUUUCUGCAGGUUUCCUGCAGCUGCUCCUUCUCUGGCUGAUGGAUGGGACCCUCUUGGUCUCCCCUUGGCCAUGAUGCUAUUCCUGGGAGGCUGGAGGAGCAGCUUCACAGCACCUCCCCCUUGCUGCCUUUCGCUGACCCUGGGCAACUAAUUUAAAAAAUGUUUCUGCUAUCCUUUGCUUGGGGGUUUGAUUCUCAAGUUCACUUUGGCAAGUUUCUGUGUCUUGGCAAAUUGUGGAGAACAACACUCCUUUUGAAAUUUAGGUGACUGGUAUUGCAAAAUGUGUUUGUUUGAUAUUCCAACUACAUUGCUCUGUUCCUACCUUGUUCUGGAGUGUCCCUUUGAUCUGAGUGGUGCUUACUCAUGUAUGGUUUCCCCACACUUGGAAACCUGUUUGGCUCCUGAAUCUCUCCUCCUAGACAGUAGCCAUUAGAAAUCAGACCCUGAGGCUGUACUUUUAGAUCCACUUCCCUGUGAGCAAGCUUCAUUGAACUCAGUGGGAAUUUUCCAUUUAAACAUGGAUAACAUUGCACUGUUAAGGAAAAAGGGACUGUAGGAUAAACAUUAAGCCAGUUUGACUUAAAGGGCACAGGUUGGACCUGCAACAAUCCGUCCCUGCAACAUGCAUUAUUGUUCCUGGUCCCAGUCAAUCACCUUCUUCUCUUCCAGGUCUCUCCAUUCCCUUCCUUCUCCCUCUUGGUUUUCCACCCUCCCCAACAGUUCACUUCAUGCCCAGUGAACAUGCUCAGCCAUCACUGGGAUGCUGUUGGGUCCUAUCUCUUUUGUCCCCACCCCCUUUCUUGUAUUUGUGCAAACUUCGGUGUUUCCCCAAGGUGGCUAAUAUUUCCUUUUUAGCAUGUGGUUGGUGCGAUUUUGAUGACAGAAGUGAUGGCACACUUGCUUGAGUGCUGGAAAUAAAGGAAGAUGCUGCUCAGUGACUUGAACCUCUGAGAUGAGUUGUGACCAGGUCAGAAGUCCUUUUUGAAAGUGCCAUGUCAUUGGCUGCUUGGUCUCAAGAUGUGUUCGCAUUUCCGGCUGUGCUUUCUUCUUUAGGAGUUAAUAUCUGCCUUUCUUUCUUACUCUGCAGAAUUUUUUAGCUGAUGACCAUGCUCCCUGUGGUAUUCUGCUUUCCCCCUGAAUAGCUCCGUGUUUAUGCAUUUCUGCAUGUGGUUAUUUCAGAUGUUCAGUCCAUAAAGUACUGCCAAAGCUGUUUUUAUUUUCUUUUUUUAAACGAAGUUCAAAUGGCUUUUCUAAAUGGAGUCCUUUGUGCUAUAUUAGAAAGCGAUAUACAUUAUUUGUGUGUGGUGAGGUUGAGUCAGUCUAUUUGUGUUUUGUGCAAACCAGCCUGGAAAGGAGGGUGGAGGAUUGUGGUACUUGGAGGGUGUUUGUCCAUCAGUGGUUUUGCUGGUACCACUGGUCUCAUACUUCUUCCACGAAGGCAGUUCUUACAUGGGAAAGGAUCACGUGCCCACUUCCAUGUUUAUUAGAGGAAAUGCAUCCACUUAAACACACAUGUAUUUUUGGUUGGGGUUACCCUCUAUCUAUGCUGUGGUCCCCUGAAAAUCACUCCCAACAUCCCAACUCCAAUGUCUAUAAUUAAAUAAAGGGGGGGUCACAGUUAUCUUACACUGGGUGUCUGGGGAAAUAAAACAAAUGAAAGUAUAAGGUGUAUUUGUGUUUGAGUAGAGCUGAAGCAUGACUGGAGAAAAUAGGGCAAAGUGCAGUGGGGUGUCAAGUAAGGCUAUAUGCACCACUUCAAAAGAGAGGUGAUGUCUCUUGCCUUUGCAUUCAUUUCCUUCCAAAAAUCCUGAAAGGCCUGGUAGAGCUCGUUCAUUCUUUUUGUCACUGAUAGACAUUUCAGGCUCAUUUUAAUUGCGGACAAAAAGUUUUCUGGGAAAGCCUUCUAGGAGGUGCAAUCAUAAGGAUUGCCAGGAUGUGUGAGUCUUUGGCUGCUUUGAGAAGUAAUGCUCAAACCUUUUCAUUUUGCUUUUGUCUGUAAUAAAAAAAGAAGUGAAAAAGCAAGAUUGACUUUAAUGUAUUUUUAGGGGGCUUCUUUCUGCUUUUUUACUCUUCGUUUAACAGUGUUCACAAAACACUGGGUGGUAGACAACUGAGUUUUACUUAGAGUAGACCUGUUGAAAUUAAUGGACCUAAGUUAACCUUAUUAAUUUCAAUGGAUGCACUCUGAGUACAGGUGGCGCUGUGGUCUAAACCACUGAGCCUAGGCUUGCCGACUGGAAGGUUGGCGAUUUGAAUUCCCGCGAUGGGGUGAGCUCCCAUUGCUCGGUCCCUGCUCCUGCCAACCUAGCAGUUUGAAAGCACUUCCCUGCAGGAAGGUAAAUGUCGUUUCUGUGCGCUGCUCUGGUUUCACCAGAAGUGGCUUAGUCAUGCUGGCCACAUGACCCGGAAAAACUGCAGACAAACGUUGGCUCCCUCGGCCAGUAGAGCGAGAUGAGCGCUGCAACCCCAGAGUUGUUCGUGACUGGACUUAACUGUCAGCGGUCCUUUACCUUUUCCUUUUACUCUGAGUAAUGCUAUGUUGAAUGCUGCCCGAUGUAUCCAAAUUGAAAGUUGUUCUUAGAGCCUGUUGUGGUUUUCCUGCCAACGGAAGGAACUAUAUUGGCAACUGUCUCCGAACCACAUACGAAGUGCAGGAUUGCCCGUCAUGAUAGUGAAGAAAUUUGACCAAAUUUCUUUUAUCCUAACCACCAGCUGAACAUGCAAAAACAGAAGAAAUGACAAGAGGAAUAUUUAAAUUUUAGGUUUGCUCUGAUCUGCUAUUGCAUGCUGGACUGUGGGAGGAAGUAGCUGGAAUCAGUUUUAGGAUUUGCUAUAGUUGUAGAUCAGGGAUGGGGGACCUCCAAAUAUCCCAUGGACUCCAACUCCCAGCCAGUGUGGCCAGUGGCCUUAUUUCAUUUUCAAGUAAAGACUCAGAUCUGUAUGUUUUCCUCACAGCUAUACAGAAAUUAAGCUGGUUGUCUUCUUUUGGGGUCCUUGGGAAUUUGUUGUUGUUUAGUCGUUUAGUCGUGUCCGACUCUUCGUGACCCCAUGGACCAGAGCAUGCCAGGCACUUUUGUCUUCCACUGCCUCCCGCAGUUUGGUCAAACUCAUACUGGUAGCUUUGAGAACACCGUCCAACCAUCUCAUCCUCUGUCGUCCCCUUCUCCUUGUGCUCUCCAUCUUUCCCAACAUCAGGGUCUUUUCCAGGGAGUCUUCUCUUCUCAUGAGGUGGCCAAAGUACUGGAGCCUCAGCGUCACGAUCUGUCCUUCCAGUGAGCACUCAGGGCUGAUUUCCUUAAGAAUGGAUAGGUUUGAUCUUCUUGCAGUCCAUGGGACUCUCAAGAGUCUCGUCCAGCACCAUACUUCAAAAGCAUCAAUUCUUCGGCGAUCAGCCUUCUUUAUGGUCCAGCUCUCACUUCCAUACAUCACUACUGGGAAAACCAUAGCUUUAACUGUAUGGACCUUUGCUGGCAAGGUGAUGUCUCUGCUUUUUAAGAUGCUGUCUAGGUUUGCCAUCGCCUUUCUCCCAAGAAGCAGGCGUCUUUUAAUUUCGUGACUGCUGUCACCAUCUGCAGUGAUCAUGGAGCCCAAGAAAGUAAAACCUCUUACUGCCUCCAUUUCUUCCCCUUCUAUUUGCCAGGAGGUGAUGGGACCAGUGGCCAUGAUCUUCGUUUUUUUGAUGUUGAGCUUCAGACCAUAUUUUGCGCUCUCCUCUUUCACCCUCAAUAAAAGGUUCCUUGGGAAUUGGUGGGGCCUAAUUUCUGAGAGAGGACUUUGAACAGAGUGACCUGAAUAGAAGCGGCAACUUUGAGUUGUGGUCUAAAACAUGGCGCAAUAGUUUAUGAUGCCACUGAGUCAUCAAAUAGUCUACUCUGUCCUUGGGCAAGGCACUUACCUUUGAGUUUGUUUGUUUCCAGUCCACAAAGUGGAUGCACUUACCUAUUUGCAGGGCCCUUUUCCAGGAUGAACGUGAUAAGCAGUUUGAAGUGCUUCUCACAAUGAAAGUGCUAUGGGCAAAAUUCUUGGAAAUCUCUUCUUAAUUGCACUGAAGUGGGAUAUGUUGUGCAUUACAUUAUAGCAGGGAUGUCCAACUCCCAAGGGACUGCAAUCUGUUCCCGGUAUAAAAAACUGGCAGUGAUCUACCCAUUGUCAUUGGAGGGAAGGGCCAAAGUUGUGGAGCUUUUUUUAGGGGCCAACAUUACAUUCGGUGAUCACUUUCUUUCAUCCCGCGAUCUACCAGAUAGACAUCACUGCAUUAUAGCUUUCAGUUGUGGCUCUGUCAUUCAUAUAAAUGAUCUGAGUUUCAGGAAUCUCUGCCUACAUUUGUCUCACUAUGAUAAUAGCUCCAAAGUAGCCCAGGUGUGGAAUGAUAAGAGGGACUUUCAGGGCGAUGCCUGGCAAAUGAAGAUCUCCAGCAAACAUUAUGGGAGUUAAUGAUUUGUAAGUUUAGAUGGUAUUAUUGGUUUCACAAUUGAAAACAAGUUAAUAUAUUGAAAGGUCAAACAUGACACAGUCCAUAAUUUGAAUUUCUUCACCAUAACACGAGGAACUAUUUAGUUUUCACAAUUUAUUUUGUAACGCAUUUGUCAUAUAUCUUUGUAAUAACAAUUAUAUAUUUCAGUUUUCCUAAGAUCUGCUCCUGUUUCACAGUUAUUGUGAAAUAGCUGGUAAUACCAACAAAACAGAAGCAAUGUAUUCUGGUUCUGUGUUUAAACUGCAGUCCGCAGAGUUGGUUGUGACAGAGCAGGGCACAUUAACCUAAAUAUGCAAGUCAAGUCUUCCAUGUAGAAAAGCAAAGCUUUGAUUCCACCUUCAUACAAGAUAAGUGAGACACAGCCAUGCAGCCUGCAUAACAGUCACAAAUGCUGAAAGUCUGGCCUGAGAGCCCACCAUCGUCUGUAAAAGAGAGAAUAAGUUUUUCCAGUUCACUUAGUCUAUUUAGAGUAGACUUCUUGUGAAGGAAUGCCCAGUUAGACAAAAAGGUGGGACCUGCCACAAAAUACUACAUUGUCUUUUUCUCUCACAAUAGGAAUGUUUAUAAGAAGAGAAGAGUCUGCUAAAUUAGGUCAGUGGCCCAUCUAGGCCACAAUCCUGUUCUCUUAGCGGUAAAUCAAAUGUUUAGGGGAAAUGCAAAGGCAGCGCCUGAAUGCAACAGCACUGCCUCCUUGCAAUUCCCAGCAACUGUUCAGCCAAUCUGCUACAACCUCCCCCAACAGACCAGCCAUCCCCACACCAAAUUCCCAGUUUCUGUUUCCCAACAUGAGUACUGUAUGCUUAAUCCUUAUUGGACAGGCUCCCCCUCACACCUAAGUUGGCCGAUACCUCUCUUUGGUUUCUCAGCACCCCUGUUUUAGAUCAGUUUCCGUUGGCACUCACCACCUGAGUUUGCUCUUAAAGGGAGUGAUGUACUGUAUUAACUAAGCCCAUUCCCCCUGUGUCUCAGAUAGGAGAACUGACAUGCUGGGAUGUCACAGCACGUACAAUAUUAGGUUCAUCCCUAUUUGUUAGCUACAGGGUUGAUAUGAAGUACCCAUCCUUAUCGACUCGUAUGAAUAUCUUUAAAAAGGAUACCUAGUUUUGGAUUUCCUCUUUGAAAAGGCUUUGCAUUUUAAAAUUUAGGAAACAAUUUAACCCUGUUGUGCAUUUAGGGUGGCGAUGUAAUUACCGUAUUUUUCGCUCUAUAAGACGCACCAGACCACAAGACGCACCUAGUUUUUGGAGGAGGAAAACAAGAAAAAAAAUAUUCUGAAUCCCAGAAGCCAGAACAGCAAGAGGGAUCACUGCGCAGUGAAAGCAGCAAUCCCUCUUGCUGUUCUGGCUUCUGGGAUAGCUGUGCAGCCUGCAUUCGCUCCAUAAGACGCACACACAUUUCCCCUUACUUUUUAGGAGGGGAAAAGUGAGUCUUAUAGAGCAAAAAAUACGGUAUAUAUAGGGCUGAGGCACAAAGUGCUAGGACACCUUAACCCAAGGCUCAGUGCAAGAACAUUGCAUGCUAGUGCAAUGAGCCCUGGUUGAAAGUCCUUUGCUGUGCAAAAUUGUGAGAGUUCACAGGAGGCAGCCUAAAAAACUUUCUGACAAUGGGGAGCUCAUCUGGGCUUAAACCUCACAACCUUUAGAAAACACUUCGAUACAUUUUUAUUCUUUCAAGCCUUCAGUAAGAAUAUGUAGCUUUUGCUUAAGAUGUCAAAAGGUUUUCGCUUGUGUAUCUUACUCACGUUGAUGUUCUAUAAUUUCAUCAUUGUUAUGGGUGUUAUGGUCCUCUGUACACUGUUUGGGGUUUUGCUCAGUUGAAUAGGUAUAUUCACACACAAAUUGGUAUUAACUGAUGUCAAUUUGAGAGUAAACAUAAGAGGAACCCUCCUGGAUUCAGCCAAAGGCUCGUCUAGUCCAGCAUCCUGUUUUCAUAGUGGCUAACCAAAUGACUAUGUAAAGUCUGUUAGGAUAUGAGCGCAAUAACAUUCUUCUUACUUGCGAUUCCUAACAAUUUGUAGUCGAAGGCACACUGCUUCAGUCCUAAGGACUGUAUUUUACUAGUGCCUGGCUUCAAAUGAAGGUUGGGUGGGCUUAACACUGGUCUUAAGAAUGUCUAGCCAAGUGUAUCCAAAUGCUUGGAUAUUUGUGCAUACUCCGCCAGCUUAAACUGUGGAAUUUGGCUUUAGCUAGUGAAGCUAGCAUAAGCAGAAUUGAUAGCUGUAGACUUCUGAGCCUUUAUAGGAUUUGUUAAUCAUAAAAUGGUAGAAUUGGAAGGACAAGGGUCCUCUAGUCCAACCCAAUGCAUAAUGUUGCUCCUGUCAGGAUAAGCGGCGGUCCUGCAAUGAUGACUUCUUAUGGCUUUUGGUAAAAUAUGAGAUGAAGUAGAUUUAAAACAACCUCCUCCGUAGACCGUAGAUAAGUUUACUGGACUAGAUAAGUGUGAGAGAUGACAAACGCCAUCUGAUGAUGUUUUCUGUGUUUAGCUUGGCAUUGCAGUGGGUUUCCUCCUGCCUCCAGUUCUGGUUCCCGAUGUGGAAGAGGAGGAGAAGCUGGCCUAUCAUAUUAGCACCAUGUUUUUUAUGACUGCAGCUGUGGCAACAGCACUCUUCAUCUUAGUAGCUUUCGGUAAGUAGAUUUAAGUGGGAUACAGUUUAAGGCUGAUUUAUAAAUCACGUUUGGACACUCUGUGAACUCCGGAAAUCGUGAACUUCUCUUUUUGACACCUGCUUCCUGUAAAUAUGUACUGUCUGGAAAUAGUAAAUCCAUAUGACAAACCUCUAGGUGAGAAUGAUGACUAAAGUUUGCACCAGAUAGGUUUAUCUUUUCUGAAAUCGGCUUCUCAUCAGCUAAUCACGAGGGCUUGCAAAGUGCCAUACACAUGCCAUGCAAGCGGCGGUGAUCAGUUGAUUGCGGAAGCUUCCAUGGCUUCAUCGCCAUCUGAUCACUCAUAAGGGCCAAAGGAGAUCAUGUGACAUCCGGUGAUUGACAGGCUAAGGCCCCACCCAUCUGUCAAAAUCAGCCCAUGGGAUGAGGGAAACAAGUUCUCAGCCCCUGCUCUGCAAGGUUCUUUGCCAAUGCCCCUCUGUUUCUUCUGCAGAGUCGGGCACAGCAUCCAAUCCAUUCCUAACUUCUGGUUCUGUGCUCUUUCCAUAGUGUUCAAGGAAAAGCCUGCACAUCCUCCGAGCCGGGCCCAAGCCUUGAUCCACACAGCAUCACCUGAGGAAUAUUCCUAUCUGCAAUCUAUUGUUCGUCUGUUUCGCAAUGUCAACUUUGUGCUUCUAAUAGUCAGUUAUGGUAAGGUUCCUUUCCUGCUGAUAAGAAGCAGCCAACAUGACAGUUUCUCUGUCAUUCAUUCGUUUUCUUUAAUUCUUAGGCUGCCUUUGUGCCAUACAGUACUCAAGGCAGCAAGCUUAAGUAUAAAACAGCAACUCCUUUUGUAAUAAGCCAUCCUUUUAAAAAAACAACAACGCAGAAAACAUUCCAAAUUGAGUUAAAGAUAAAAUAAAAUUAAAAUUAAUUCUGCUUUUAGAAAGACACAUACCAAAGCAUCCAAUUUCCUUUAAGACAGUCUGCACCUAAUAUUUGUGUGAGGAAAGAGGACAGUCAGAACCACAUCCCAUGAUCAGUUGUGAUUUGUGUUCCCCUUUCUGUUAGCCCCACCUAUGUAAAAGGUUGUAACUUUUUAUUAAGAAGAAAGCUUCCUUGUACUUAGUCUUGACAGAAGACUCUUGCUGCUGUCAGCACCAUCAUCAAAAUGUUUAGAGGCACUCCUCUGAUUUCUUCAUGUGUCAGUAUUGAAGACACAAUGAACAUUUCUCUUCCACCCCACUUUAUUCCACUGUUUUAAAUGCUAAACUCCAUAAUAAACAGUUAGCUAACUUUGAUAAAUAACAACAACUCUGAGCAUAUGCAAUUUCAUAUUUUUAACUCAAUCAGUCAGUUGAAUAUGAAGGUUGAAACUGGAAACUCUAUUUGCCAACACUGUACAGAGGGAUAGCUUUAAAACAAGUACCGCAUUUUUCGCUCUAUAAGACGCACCAGACCACAAGAUGCACCUAGAUUUUGUAGAAGGAAAACAAGAAAAAAAAUAUUCUGAAUCUCAGAAGCCAGAACAGCAAGAGGGAUCGCUGCGCAGCGAAAGCAGCAAUCCCUCUUGCUGUUCUGGCUUCUGGGAUAGCUGCGCAGCCUGCAUUCGCUCCAUAAGAUGCACACACAUUUCCCCAUACUUUUUAAGAGGGAAAAAGUGAGUCUUAGAGAGCAAAAAAUACGGUAUUUUUCUUCCUAAUUUUGCAAACACACACACCAAAAAACCUUUAACAAGACAGCAACUCAGAGAAAAUAAAAAGGAAGGGAAAGUUUUUGAAUGUAAUAUGAAGAAACCUCCUUUGAGGAAGUAUCUAUAAACAGGGAGGAGUUGUAAAGUUCUGUGGAAAUGUGUGGGCAGGGUUCAGCUGAGGAGUCCUGUCAGCAGAAGCCCUAAGCAAAGACUUCCACUUGCACAGUAGGCCUGUCCCGCCCUCCUCCUGCACACACACACCCUGCCCCAAAAUUGACUCAGGAGUUGGGUGGGAGUACCCCCGGGGACAGCAUGUGGCAGGAGAAGAGGGGGAAUUAUUCUGUCCGACAAGCUGAAAUGCUUGCCCAGACAGAAUCAAAGCCUCAUAAUUCCUCCCAAUGUCUUCUGCUCAACAGAAGUCUCAGUUAUGGGCCCUAGCACAGCGAGAGUGAUUUGAUGGUUGUGUUCAGUUCUCUCUCCACAGUAACAGAAAAGAUUGAUAUGUCUCCUGUUCUCUAUGGGUUCUCUCCAGCUCUAGACAACAACCACCUUAUUUGUUUAUUUGAGGGAUCAGGGUAUGCAGUGUUGUAAAGACAGAUCUCUCACUGCUCUGAGAGUUCUGGCUCCAGUUCUGCUAUGUAGCCAAAGGAGUGAUUGGGUGGUUUGGCUUCCUGGCUGAAAGAGAUGGAGCAAUUUUUGGGGUGUCUUUUUUUCCUUCCUCCUGUGCACAGUUCAGAAGAUGUCUUGAGUGGGAAUACAGUUUGCAGAGUGUUCCUGCUUCUCCCUAAUCCCUCCAGAACCAGUACUGUACUGCAGAGUUUUUUGCAUUCAGGCAUCUCUGCUGCUCUGAGCAUCACAAUUAGUUGCUAGAGACAGUCCUACUAUUGUUCCGCAUUUGAAUUCUUUUGAGGAAAUAGAGACGCACGACUUUCAGACAGAAAGUCUUCUCUCUCUUUUUUGUUCCUGUCAUUCAGUGGAACGGAAUUCAGAAGAAAGAGGCAGGGAUCAGUUACGGAUUAAAGUAAUUCCCCCCAAAAAAAGGAUGGAAAUGGAUCUUCCUGAGAGCAUUUCUCACAUUUAGGCCAUUUAGUUAUUAUUAGUAUUAAAUUUGUUGGUUGCUUUAUCUUGCCCAGGGCAGCCCAAAGCAAUGUGUAGCCAGUUAUUAUGUACUAGUUACAGGUAGCUAGCCAUGUUGGUCUGCCGUAGUCAAAGCAAAAUAAAAUAAAUAUAAAAAAAUAUAAAAAUUCCUUCCAGUAGCACCUUAGAGACCAACUAUAAGUUAGUUAUUGGUAUGAGCUUUCGUGUGCAUGGUUUCUGAAGAAGUGUGCAUGCACACGAAAGCUCAUACCAAUAACUAAAUUGGUCUCUAAGGUGCUACUGGAAAGAAUUUUUUUAUUUUAUUUAUUUUAUUUUGUUUCAUUUAUUAUGUGUUGUGAUUUGUGUAUUCAGUUUAUAUCCUGCCCUUCCUCCCAGAGUAUCCCAGGGUUUUUCCAGUCUAUAGUUUUGAAAACUAUUCAUUUUAACCUCUUUCCCAGCCUCCUUUCACAGAUAAGCAGGUUGAAAACAUCCAAAACAACCAAAUAUUUCAUAUAUCUUGGACUAUAUAGAGGCAGCUUGUCACUUAUCUCCCUCCCUCCAGAUAAUCAUUCCACAGCUGCACUGCUGUGGCUACAUUGGACUUAAAUGUUGCUAGGUGUGUGGGGGAAUUGUGGGGGUGAAUCUUGCUUUGGAUUAAACUGUGACAGGGAGCAGGUAGGUGUAGCAGUAACAUGCCUGGAACAGGGAUAGUCAAUUCUCAGUUCGGGGGCUUCAUCUGGCCUCCACAAGCAAUUUUUUCCACCCUUUCCCAAGACUCUGCCAAUGGUUCAAACUCUAAUAAGGUUCAAACAAACAAACAAACAAACAAACAGCACUAGGGGAGAAAGGGAGAUGACAGAACUUUCUCUAAUGAGCAGUUAGCCAGGCAUUCAUUUUCUCAUACAAAUUAAUAGGACAUUCCUUUUGGCUUCCAAAUUUAUCAUGAAGCUUUUCAGUGAAGUCACACAUUGGUUUGGGUGUGUGUGUGUGUGUGUGUGUGUGGUUGGUUUUUUUACAGCAAUGACAGCUGUAACAAGUAGGGCUCUGCAUGCUUCUCUAUAAGGUCACACUAAAAUCUUGUGAUGCUAUGGUCUUGUGACAAGAGAAAGGAUGCGGUUUUAUUUGUACAAAUGACAUGAAAUGAAUUCCAGAGUCCUUUGCAAGUUCCUGACUUCUACCAGUUCCCCCACCCUCCACCCCACCAAGACUGCGUUAUCGGCCUUAAGCAUAUCCUUCAGUGCAUCCCAUUUCUCUGUCAAAACAGUGUAGCACAAAGGGCAAGGUGUGCUGCUGCCUACGUUCAGGGUCAGAUGGGCCCCUGGAAUGUGUGCUGUCAGCAUCUUGCCUGCCUUAUCACUUCCUUGGUGGCUGGCUUGCUGAUUGUUUGAAGAGUGUGCCGGAGUGAUUGCAAUCGACCUUCCUCCUGAAGAAGGCAGGAGUAUUCAAAGUUCACUGUCAUGUCUCUCGACUGGGAGUUCUUGACUUCCUUCUAUGUGGUUUAUCCCCCUUUUGUAAAUAACAGGCUUUCCAUUCUGCGUCCUGUAUGGCCAUGUUAAAUAUUCUGCAGUGUGUUGUUUUUGCCACAGCACUGCUGGCAGAAUUUGGAUUCAUUGUAAGUGUGGUCAAACUAGCAGUCCAUCCUACUGAGAUGAUGAUGAUGAUGAUGAUGAUGAUGAUUGAUAGUACCGUCCACACUGAGCAGAAGGGCAGUGAACUGUUACUGAUCUUUUGGACCUGAUCGUACAAAAGCAGGUCCUAACUUUAAAGAAAAGGAUCGAUAGCGAUGAAAGGUUUAGAAAUCACUGCUGUGUCUGCGGCAAUUAAUUCUACUGUGGGCAGAGGCCAAUGAUGAAUCUGUGCACUUUGUGCAUUUCGUUAUUGUUCUGACAAGUCCCCUUUAGGAAUCCAAACUGCUGCCUUGUGCUUUGGGGAUGUUGAAACAGCUCAUUUGUCUCCUUCCCAUUAAACAGGGAAACUGAUACGCAGCGAAAGGCUCCGCUAGAGACAUUGAUGGAGCUGUGAAGAAACACCACGCUAUUUUAGAAGUAUGAAUGGUGACAGCAGCAGCGGCUGGGUUUGUGGGGAGAGCUGGGCUGCAAUAAAAGUGUACAUCAAAGGCUGUGCCCAGUUAUUCAGAUGGUCUCCUCUAGAAAAUUGUGAAAGAGGAGUUGCAGACUGCAUCCCUGUGUACUGCAUCCCUCUCACCUGUGCUCUGGGUUUUUCAAUAUCUCUACCCCCCCCUCCGGCUCCUACCUGGCUAAUGAGAAAACAGCUUUGAUGUGACUGAAUGAUGCUUGUUCCAAAGUAAUGUCCUCUUCUAGUCAUUGUCCUGUCUGUGUGCCUGCAUUUCAGUACUGUAUUUCUUAAAUUCCCCCCUGUCCCAAUAAAUAAACUCAAGUGUACAAUUGCAGGAAGAGGAAAGGGUGUUGUGUGUGUUCAGGAAAUACCUGAAGAUUAGUAUCAAGUUUGUGAAGACAACAAAGCUGGUCUGUGUGUGUUCAUCCAGACUUUAACAAGGGUUCAAACCCCGAUUUAGCUCUUACCUCACUGGAUUUUGUGGUUGAGACCUGGCUGUGCUGCUGUGUGUCUCGUAAUCCAGGGCACGCUAUGAAUUUGCUGUCUUGUUAUCUACCUUCCAGGCUUAAACACAGGCUGCUUCUAUGCUCUCUCGACCCUACUCACCCGCAUGGUGAUCAGCCACUAUAAGGUAAGUGACAUUCUGUUCAGCUGUCAUGGCUUCCCCUUCAGGACACUGGCUCUUGCUGCAUAAUAGAUGCCUGCGAUCCUCUGUUCUGGGGGAGCCUUAGAAUGAGAACACGAGGCUGAAAAUCAUUUCUGAGCCUCUUAAUUCCAUGUAUGUGAGCGCUCAGUCGUUUUCUGAUGCUCAAGGGGAAAAGGAAGAGAGGCAUUCGAAAAAUCAAGGCAGAUUUCAUGCAUGCGUAUUCCAAGCAGAAUGUCAUUUUAAGCCUUGUGCGUGGGAAAAACACUCCUAAUUUUGUGUACGCGUGUGGAUCAGGAAUAUAAUACCACCUCCCAACAGUGUCUUCAAAGCCUAGUAGUGCUGAUAAAGCCUCCAGAUUCUCCCUAGUCCAUGUCCACUUUUGCCGCUGGCCUCUUUAAUCAUUGGCAUGCUGCCCUUGGGAAAUUAUGCAUGUGAGUAUGUGGUCCUCAGGCUGGAGCAGGUUCUCAUUCCAUUGCCUGAAGGAAGAGUCUCACCUAGUGAGCCUCACUGCUGGAGUGGAGCCCUGAACAGGGUCUCUCUGGUCCUAGCCUAACCCCUGGGUGCUGCGUACCACAUCGGUUUUCAGUGCUCUUGGUUCCACCCCGAGGUCUCCUGUUGUCCCUCCAGCUGUUUGCAUGAUUGAAAGCAAACUGCUCUGUGCAUUUGUGUGUUGCUGAUGCAGGAUGAGCAGCUGAACGCUGGUCGAAUUGGCCUCACCAUUAUCGUGGCUGGCAUGGUUGGAGCUUUGAUCACUGGCCUCUGGUUGGACAGAACCAAAACAUACAAGUAAGUCCUUUAUACCACUCCUAUUCAGUGGGUAAGUAUAGGGGGAAACUCUGCAGGAGCUGCUUCCUGCUUUGGAAGAGCUUUGGAGCUAUUUGGCUGAAAUCCUUGGCACAUGUGCCUGUGACGUCUACUAUUUGCAGUGUGAGGCUGUGCUUGUCCUAGCUAAUUGAACUGUGCAUUGGAGAGACUAACAGAAAGUAUAGCAUUUUGUUUAUUUUUUAAAAGGUUGGUGGGAGGAGGCGGCGGGGAUCACAGUUUGGGGUAAAGGCUUGCCAAGAGGGCCAAGAGCAUUUUUAUAUAUUGUAGAAGUAAAGGUAAAGGGGUUGCGGUGCUCAUCUCGCUUUAUUGGCCGAGGGAGCCGGCGUACAGCUUCCGGGUCAUGUGGCCAGCAGGACUAAGCUGCUUCAGGCGAACCAGAGCAGCGCACGGGAACGCCGUUUACCUUCCCACCGGAGCGGUACCUAUUUAUCUACUUGCACUUUGACAUGCUUUUGAACUGCUAGGUUGGCAGGAGCAGGGACUGAGCAAUAGGAGCUCAGCCUGUUGCAGGGAUUCGAACCGCUGACCUUCUGAUCAGCAAGUCCUAGGCUCUGUGGUUUAACUCACAGCACCACCCAUGUUCCUCAUAUUGUAGAAAGGCUGGUUUAAAUGUGUAGCAUCCCUAAGAUAUUGCAUUGAUUUACUUCCUAAGAUAUGUCUGUAACUUUUUGAAUGUGUUUCUAGAGAAAGAGAGGUGGGUAGCUAGAGUAAAGGGGAAUUGAGAUGCACCACAAUAUUCCUCUUAGGUCCAGACUAGAUGUCCUCUUGGCAGAUGUGUGCUGACACAAGGAAUGAUUGCUGGGCAGGAGGUAGGGAUGCUGAACUCCCCCCCCCCCGCCACUGAUUCUCCCCUGCAAAUGUAUUUAGUUAUAUAAGAAUGUGUUUCCUGCUUUUCUGGUGCCUUCACACCAGUCAAGGCAGCUCACAGCAAUUAAAGCCAACCACUAAUAUAAUAAAAACUGAAGCGAUACAAGUUUUUAUCUGAUAAAACAAAUGCCUUACCUCAGCAUGAAGAUUUUCUGUGAUAAGGCAAUGAAAGUGAGUGAGAGUGCCCACAUACAAAGUAUUGUGAGGAAAACCAAGAGCAAAGACAGAUCUCAAAGCACUCUUCAGAAUGCAGGAGAGGUUAAUACAGUGGUACCUCAGGUUAAGUACCGUACUUAAUUCAUUCCGGAGGUCCGUUCUUAACCUGAAACUGUUCUUAACCUGAAGCACCACUUUAGCUAAUGGGGCCUCCCACUGCUGCUGCGCCGCCGGAGCACGAUUUCUGUUCUCAUCCUGAAGCAAAGUUCUUAACCUGAGGUACUAUUUCUGGGUUAGCGGAGUCUGUAACCUGAAGCGUCUGUAACCCGAGGUACCACUGUAAUGGACUGGAAUUGAAAAGUUGAGUGGUGAAGAGCUAGGAAGUAGGAAUUUUGCAGAAGGCUGCGGGUUGUCAGGGUGUCUUCUGUUUUGCAAAGCUAGAGCUAUUGAAAGUUUGGGACCUAGGGAGAAAAACUUUUAAUUUUCUGCCACUGUGGUGUGUUCAAACAGUCCUUAAAUAUCUGGGUUUCAUAAAUUGCUUAAGUGUUUCUAAAGGUUUUUUUUUAAAAAAACAACAACCCCAAUGUGCAGCACAGAGGUUGUCACUGUCCAUCUAGCUGCACAUACUAUAAUUCAGUGACCCUGUAUAAGGAUACUUCCUAUAUCCUCACAAGUGUUGUGACACUGGUGGUGUGACUCAAUCCAGGCCUGCUCCAGGCAUGUGGCCUUGCUGAUUUAUACUUCCCAGAAGGCAGCUGUGCCACUGCAUGGAAAUCUCCGUCAAAGGGCUUUCUGUCUUAAACAGCAGCCCCUAACGGCUAGUUUUUAGCACUGCUUAACAUCAUGCUUUCUAUAGAGGCUCUAUACGUAGUUAAGCUGGGAUGACAGAAGGAACAAGUGAAGAAGAUAAGUGUGUGGAGGAGGAAGGAGGCAUUAUUAUCUUGGCAAAUAAUAGACUUUCAGGGGAAGGAUAAACCCUUCUCCCCUGCAGAUACCUCCCUCGCCCUCACUUUAGCACAGUGAGGUGAACAUUUGGUUUAUGUUUCCCUCAGUAUCAAUCAAUCAAUUUAUUGUAUGUAGCCAAAGGCCUUCACAAUGAACAACAAAGGGAUUCCUCUAAAAUCGCACAACAUAACCAGUAACAUCUACAGCAUAAAAGUCUGCUCCAUGAAAAUCAACAGCAUAAAGUAUGAUGCAUUAACAUAACUGGACUGAAGCUUCUUAGCUGCCAAAGUAAAUAUGGCUCCCAGAUGUGUAAUUUGUAGAUAUUUAUUGAUUAAGGGUUCAAAUAUCACUUCCUGGGGGGAUCGGCCUGCUUCCCACAUAACAUGUAGGACUACCCUGAAACAGAGGUGAGUAAAAUGAAUUCUUUUGGGUGAAUUUAGCUGCUAGGGAGUGAUGUGUUUCUGCUCAUCUGAUUUAACAAGGAUCCUGCAAAAGCCUCUUGCCGUUUUUACCACUUAUGGAUAAGAAUUAAUCCAUGCACACACAAGCAAAAAUGCUAUAAAUCCCCUAAAGUACAGGAAGAGGUUUUUAAAAUUAUUAUUAUCAUUUGAGAAGGAAGCUUUUGAGAAGUUGCACGACCAAUUAGAUCAUGCUGAUAAGGGCUUCUGUGACACUCUCUUUGGGCUGAAACCAAACAGCAGGGUGUUAUUUUUUCCUUUUCUCUUAGCUUGACAGGGGCGAUGUAAGGCAACUGUUGCUGAUCUGCCCUUUAUAUAACUGGGAAAGGUAACCAUCCCUCCUGCCAAGCCAUUCUCUGGAAUGCAGGGUACUUACAGAGAGUGCUUUUUCAGAGUGAAGCAAGAUGGAUAAAAUUUUACUGUAUCCUGGUUAUCCCUGAUAUAACAGCUUGGCAGUUUCUUGUCGUUCUGUGCAUGUUUGCUCUGAAAAUAGCAGGCUGCCCUCCCAUUAAGCCUUAAGGAUAGAUCUCUGACCCAACGCAGAACUGUAAUCACUGAACUUAUAUAUACCUCCUACCACUGUGAACAGUAACUCUGUACUUUAGCAGCCCUGCUGAGUUAUUGCACUUCCACAGUUGACUAGAAGUAGAAUGCAAAUCGUGACUGCUCUUAAUCUCACUCCCUUUAAUAGCAAACUCAACUGCAGAGUGCUAACUAGGUUUGGAUGACUCAGUCUCAGCCUCUCUUGUCCUCUUCCCAUAUUAAAGUAAAUCCCUCCCUGUUCCCUAGCAGAUUUUUUAAAGGCGAAAUCCAGGGAGAUCCUAAAAAUCUGUGUGUAGAAUGUCUCUCACCAUCCCUGCUCCACCCAAGGAAUACUUAGCAAGCGUACUGAAGCCCUGGUCUCACUCCUGUUCUUACUUUAAUACUGUAAAGUAGCUUGGAUCAGCUUCAAAGCUCUGCCAUUCCAGAUAAAUAUGCUUCAAAAAUGAUGCAGGAAGUGAUUGUAUGUUGUUUCCUGUGUAGUAGCAUGUACAAAAGGCCAUGGUACAGACAAUAAGAUGGCUGUACAAUUGCACGGUGUCCAUCAUCAUGAACAAUAUAUUUACCCAGAAGGAAGUCCCAUUCAGUUCAGUGGACUUACUUCUAAGGAAGUUUAAUUAGGGUUAGAGCUUUCAGUUAGUAAAGGUCCCCCGGGUCUUGCUAGUUCAAAAAAUGACCAAUUAAAUGGCCAGUAGUUGGGAGAAGCAGGGAGACCUUUCUUGGUUGAUUGAAGGCUUCAAUCCCGACAGGUUACGUGGGCGAGUGUCCCAAAGCAAGAGGCCAUUACUAACCCCCCUUCUCUCUUGCAAAUGUAUAGCCAGCAGCCCGGGGCUGUGUUGCCCACCUCUGUCCAGCUGAGAUGUUGUCACUUACAAUGAGGGAGAGGGUGAGGAGCAUGAAUCAGACUUCACAAAUGCACCACCAGGAAUACUAGAUUGGCUCCACCAGUGCACUUGCACCAUGCCAACCUUGCUGCCACUGUGCUCCUCCCCAUCCCAGGAUAAUGCAGCAACACAUCAGCCAGAGGUCAGGGGAGAGGUACAGCCCCGCCAUGCUGUUCGCUGCUGAGAACAGAAAGCUUGUUACCUUUUAAAGGUAAAGGUAAAGGGACCCCUGACCAUUAGGUCCAGUCAUGGCCAACUCUGGGGUUGCAGUGCUCAUCUUGCUUUAUUGGCCAAGGGAGCCGGCGUACAGCUUCUGGGUCAUGUGGCCAGCAUGACUAAGCCGCUUCUGGCGAACCAGAGCAGCGCACGGAAACACCAUUUACCUUCCCGCCAGAGCGGUACCUAUUUAUCUACUUGCACUUUGACGUGCUUUCGAACUGCUAGGUUGGCAGGAGCAGGGCCCGAACAAUGGGAGCUCACCCCGUCAUGGGGAUUUGAACCGCCGACCUCCUGAUCUGCAAGUCCUAGGCUCAGUGGUUUAACUCACAGCACCAUCCCCGUCCUUUUUAUUCAACCGCAAUAUCUCACAAUACCACAUGUGAGCGUUUGUCUGGACUCUGCCAAGCUAUAGGUCGGAAGUUGGUGACCUUAGGGACCUCAGCCAGUUCAUGUUGAGAGCAGCUACAGAAGCCUCUUCCAAGCAGUAGAGGAUGCUCCUUGACCUUUAGAAAAUCUUCCAGGUCAGGCUUUCUCACUGGUCCCUGAGCAAUGGGAAGUCUUGCUCUUUUACACAAGAGGUAGAGCAGGACUUGACAACUUUUGAAUUACAGAUGUAAGAAAUGGAGGGGUAGGACAUAUUGGCGGGGCCCUACUUCUGGCAGAGGAGAAGGACAAGGAGGGCAAGAGGAGUGAUGGCUGUGGCAGCAGUGCUCCUCCUAUGAGAACUAGGCAGCCACCAUUUUGUUGUCCCUACAGUGACAUAGCACUGCAGUGGGGGUUUUCAGGGAAUUCAGGGAAGCUGGUGCAGGCUCAUGUAUGAGGCUCUUUUCCCUGUCUCUCUGACUGAGGUAGAUAGCUUAACAAUGCAGUAAGAUGCAGUUCAAAGUUCAGGGGACUGUUGCAGGACCCACAUUCUACCUCUGCUCUUGCAUAAAAAUAGCUGCCAUCUCCUUCAGAGCGGCUGUAGAUUAAUUUCCUAGGCAAAUGCAGUAGGGAGUGAUUUCCAUGUGCUUUUUAUAUCCUCAAGUUGUCCUUUGAUUUUCCUGCUUUCCUGACUGCGCUCUCUACUUUAAUCCCUGCAUACUAGUGAAAGCUUCUUAAGAAAUAAGCCGAGUGUCAGCUUCACUAACUGGCCUUGUUAAUUUCUCCAGUUUCCUAUACCUAUUGGUUCUUACCAGCAUCUGUGUAGGGUACCCUGUGUUUAAUUUAAUUACAGAAAUUAAAAAGUGACAUUCUAGAUAUACCACUAUGAGGCCCACAGUCUCUUUCUAGGGUCAGCUCAAUACAUUUUUCUGCCUGAGGUGAAGGAGAGGAUGGCGUAUCUCCUCCAUUCCAUGUACAGACACAAAAUGCUCCAGUGCUUGAAUUUUACUUCAGCCCUAGUGAUGAGACACCCUCCUCCGCUGAAACUGAGCGCAGCGAGGUAGCCUAGGAGGUGUGAGGCAGGUUGUGCACACCACAUAGAUCUGUGUUCCAACAACUUGGUGCUAUUACCUGACACCUGAGGUGGCCACUCCACUCUGCCUAAUUAGGUGGGACUGGCCUGCCACUUUCUAUAGCUAAGAACUUAAGAACAGCCUGCUGGAUCAGGCUAUUUGCCCAUCGAGUCCCAUAGUUUAACUACAUGCUGCGUGAAUUAAGUACAGUUGUACCUUGGUUGUUUAACGGAAUCAGAACGACUUCCAAAGCGUUCGACUUCCAAAUCACGGCUUCUGAUUGGCUGCAAGAAGCUCCUGCAGCCAAUCGGAAACUGUGGAAGCCCCAUUGGACGUUCGGCUUCCAAAAGAAUGUUCAAAAACCAGAACAGUCACUUCUGGGUUUUGAUCGUUCGGGAGCCAAAAUGUUGAAGCUCCAGGGUGUUCGACAACCAAGGGACGACUGUACUUUAUUUUAGCCAUCCUGAAUCUUUCAACACUAAGCUUCCUUGGAUGUCCACGAGUUCUAGGUCUGAUUGCAUGACCUCCUUUGGCCUGUUGCUAUCAGGAGACAUUUGAUGGCCUGGCUGUAGGUUGAAGAGCCCCUGCAACUUUCUUGCAUGCAAAGAUUAAUAUUGUCAGGCUGUCGGAUUAAUUUGAUUUUUUAUUGGGGUCCCCCCCCCACAAUAGAACUUAAUUUUAGUUAAAAUGUAAUGAAAUCCGAAUUUAAAAACAUUGAAUACAGUGUAAGAGCAGUAGCUUAAUUCUGAUUGUGGUUUUGUUUGUUACAGGCAGACAACUCUGUUGGUUUACAUCAUGUCAUUUGUGGGCAUGGUGGUUUUCACGUUUACUCUGGACCUAGGCCAUAUCUGGGUGGUCUUUGUGACAGCAGGUGUGCUGGGGUAAGUUUGCUUCUCCUCUCACACCCAGGGUGAAUUUUCUCUUCUUCGAAGGAGUUUUCCUCUGAAGGCAUUUGGCGGCUGCCUCUGACAUGGAGAUGAAGACGCCUCUUCUUUCUCUCUCCAGUGGAGUGAAGAGUAAGAAAGUGCCACAAACAAUGGAUACCCAGGCAAAGUGAGAACUCUGGGAUAUGCAUAGCAGCCAUCAUAUCCUUUCAUGUCUCUGCUGACCAUGAACAGCUUGCAUUGCAGAGCAUGGUCAAAUGAAAUGCUAUGGGCAACAGCUGCUGGUGGGGUGGGGUGCUGUUGUUGACUUGGCUUCCCAAUGUGGAGGUUGCUGACAGUAAACCAAGAGGGAGAGUGGCAAGGCGUCUGGGAGGUUGGUGCAGUGCAGGUGCUGCCGCACGGCCAAUCAGACACUUCUGCUGCUGUGUCUGCACUGCACUGACUUCCCUGCAGCCUCACUCCCUCCCCUCUUGGUUACCAGCAGUAACUAACAGGAAGCAAGGUAAGCUAUGCCAUCCUGCUCUGCACCACCAGCUGCUCCUGGCCAUGGGGAAGCAAAUAGGGUUAUGCCUUGGAGACUGAAGUGGGGCUUGGAGAAGCACCCUCACUUUGAAACUGCAUGGCCCAAACGUUGCAGCUGCUGAUGCUUUCCUUCCUGCCAAUCUUUCCUGGCAGUUUCUUCAUGACUGGGUACCUACCACUGGGCUUUGAAUUUGCGGCAGAACUGACAUACCCAGAAUCGGAAGGGACGUCAUCGGGCCUCCUUAAUGUAGCUGCACAGGUGAGUGCAUGCACCGAAAAUAUAGCAGGUAAACAGACUCACUUCUUAGCUUGGCUUUGCUGUUGCACAGGAAUUCUGUUGAUGAAUCCAGCUCUUCAAGGUGGUAUCAUAGAACUGUAGAGUUGGAAGAGACCCUGAACACUUUCCAAUACAGGAAUCUCAAUACAUGGUCUCCCAUCCAGUUUGAAACCAUACUGGACCCUGCUUAGCUUUGCCAGUGUGCUAGGCGUAGCGGUGUGGCCAGACUACGCUGCAGUAGCUUUCUUCAGUUUCUUCUUUGUAACUCUUUUUUGAUCUUGUUUCAGAUAUUUGGAAUAAUUUUCACCAUUAGCCAAGCACAGAUCUUUGAACAUUUUGGAACUCAAGCAGGAAACCUCUUCCUCUGCAGCUUCCUGUUUGUCGGCACUGUUAUAACUGGUAACUACACUAUCCAAUGAUUGUCAAACCUUUUUCAGGUUCUGCUUCUUACAACUCUUGUAUUGCUACCCCAGCUUAAAGUACUGAGGUUUAGGGUAGGGCUGUAAUGUUGAAUCACUUUGUUAUUUUUAACCUAGGGAUGGCAAACCUGUCAAAUUUGGUUCUUCCAGUUAUUUUCUCUUUCAAUCUUAAACUCAGUUCUCCACAUUUCUGCAGCAUUUCAUUAUUAUUAUUAUUUUUUAAUCCUCAUAAUUCAUAAGCGUCUUAAAAAAUAGAGGAUGGUUUCUUAGCCAAAAGGCUGAGAUGCCUUUGAGUGAGAAUUUCUCCUAAGAAACACAUUUUUUUGUAUGCAGUUUUGACUCAUGUACACAAUUUUGCAAGUAAAAUAGCUGUGUUUCAGUUUGCAUGUACGUUCAGGAAGUGAGCAUUAGGUACCUUUCUCAUUAAAAUGAAAAGAAAAUCCUCUUUCUCCAAUAGCCCUAUUUAUGCCAACCCAGUUGUUUUGUGUCCUUCCAUGCUGCUGUUUUAAUAACUGAAUUAAUAUCCUGUUGUAUUUUAUUGUGUUAUUGUGCUUUUAAUCUGGAAGCUGCCUUGGGGACUUGUUUGGGUGGCUAAGAAGUGGAGUAGAUUUAAGAAGUGGACUAGAUGUUCUAAGAUUUAAAAAUAAUUUAUUUUCCACCAUGGAGAGGACAGACCCUGUUCUCUACUUCAGUUGUGCUUUCUGAGUGGUAAGCCAUGUUCUUCAUGUUGCCCUGCCUUGAGCUCCAUUGCUCUGUGAAGAGCUGCUUAUGGUCAACACACAGUGACUUCCUGACUCUGUUUUCUCUUCCUCCAAUGCCCCAGCUUUCAUCAAAGCAGAUCUCCGGAGACAGCAGGCCAACCUGCGCGAUGAACAGACUGUGAGUAAAUCAUAUAUUUAUGCUGGUAGCUUAUGGCCAACCGUCCCCACCUGUGAGUCUCCUUUGCUAUUAUCGUGAUGAAUAACUGUGCCAGCUUGAAGGGAGUAUUGUUGCUGCCUCAGCUGUGCCAGGUUUGGAUUGUUAACAGUUGAAUGCUGUUGGAUUCUCCUCCAGGAGAAAGUGUGGCAUGUGCCUGGGACCAGCUGCGAGUACUGAGAGAGACAUGCUGGCAAUCUCUCUGUUUGAGGGCCUACAUCUGGUGCACUAGCCAGACCAGUGUUAGGCUCUUUGUAACCUUAAGUAAAUGCAAAUACAGCUGCUUAAAGAAAGGUGAAAGAUCAUGGGUAAUAUCCAGGGGUGAUGUCCUACUCGCACAAUAGACUUCACUUGUGCACACUGAAACUACUCUCCUACCUGCCCACUAUGUGCCCCCAAAAUGUGCCCCGGAGUGUUCCCCAAACCCAGUGAGUGUUGGCAGACCCUCCAGAGCAGAUUGGGAGGGAUGAUGGAGGCUCCAGCAGGGAGCUGCUCUGGCUGAUCUUAGAUUCAUUUAGGACUAGGGAACCAGAUGUUGCUGGACUGCAACUCCCAGCAUCCCUGAUAAUUGUUUCUGAGAACAUAAUAAGAGCCCUGCAGGGACUAGAUGGGCUUAUGCAAUCCAUGGGACAGUCUGCAACAAGAUAGAGGGUGGGUGUGAUGGUGCUCACAGUGUAAAGGUGUCACUGGGCACACUGUCCGAUGGGUGGGCGAUCUUGCCUUUCAGCUGAGGAAUGGGCUACUGAUCCCUUCGAUCUCUAAGAUACUGUGCCUGUAAGUUGACCCUUGUGCACAGGAACCAGAUGGGCAUUUCUGCUUUCCAUAAGCUUUUCCUCCAAAGUUCUCCUUGCUACUUUUGUUGUCUGUAUUCUGACUAUUUGAUUUUUGUAUCUGGCAUAUAUCUUUGGCAAAGUUUUGUAGCAGACGCACAGUAGUAUAGGUGACUCUCAACUUACCCUGGGGUUACAUUCUGGGCAUAGUGAGUAAAGCCAAGAACACACAUAGUCAAAACACAUCAGGAUCAGAGGCAGGUGGGAUUGCCAAAGUUUUUCCCUCCUUUCUGCCCUCUUUUUAUUUAUUUUUUUGCCAGGUGUGUAAAACACAAGUUAAAUGCACGGAAGUUGCAAGUUACCUGUACCCAAUACUUCAAAACAAACAUAUUUAGUAAAACCUGGGUCAACAAUAUAUUUUAACUCUUCAUCAGAAGACAGUUCUUGAAAAGGCAAACAAAACUAACAAAUUUCAAAUACCAGUAACUCCCUAAUGCUUAAGCUUCCCAUACUCGAUACAGUUAUGUGAUUCUUCUGUGUAAAGCCAAAUACUGAAAGACUUAGUUUAUGUAGCUGACAGGGUACCUGUGCUCUAUCUGACAGGGUACCUGUGCUCUAAGACAGUUGCAUGGCAGGCAAGAAUUCAGCAACUGAACCUUUUCCUGGGAUACAGGAUAGGAAAGACUUGCCUGUUAUGAAGUUGUUAAAAGGGACAGACUCUCUACCAGGAAAAAAAAAGGCAAUUCUAACUCUGAAUCGGGUCGUGCUGAAUUGGGUAAAUGAAGGGUUCUCUUCUGCAAUAUAUAAUGAAAAUUCUGGUCUUGGAUUCUGAUUUAUGGACUUACAAAUAGGACUAAGCCAAAAGAGAGGAGUUUCCUUUAAUUCACAUUGUUAUCCUGAUUUUUGUUUUUCUUUGGGGGCGGGGAGGGUCUCUCAAAAACGUGUCAUCACUGUCUUACCAGGAGAAGGAGCGACUGCAACAGUAGCGGGGGGAAAUUUACCGUAUUUUUCUCCCUAAAGGACGCACUUUUUCCCCUCCAAAAAUGAAGGGGAAAUGUGUGUGCGUCCUAUGGGGCGAAUGCAGGCUUCAGGAAGCUAUCCACAAGCCUUGGGAGCCCGGCGCGACUUCCCGCGGGCUCCCAGGGCUUGCAGAUGGCAGCCUGCGGGCUUUUCAGGGAGGUGGGGGAAUUCCCCCACCUCCCAAAAAAGCCAGGAGAAGCCCCACGCUCUUUAAAGGGGUUGCACGGCUUCUGCAGGGUUUUGCGAGAGGUGAGGGAAUCCCCCCACCUCCCAGAAAAGCCAGGAGAAGCCGUGCAGCCCUUUUAAAGAGCGCACGGCUUCUGCCGGUUUUGCGGGAGGUGGGGGAAUUCUGGCUUGGGAACAGCCUUGCUAGCCGCUGCAGGAGAGCGGGGUGAACGCACCCCGCUGCCCUGGAGAGGCUUUGCGCGCAGCCAUCCCCAGCUAGAAGAGGCAAUAGAAGCCGCGCAGCCCCUUUAAAGAGUGCACGGCUUCUGCGGGAGGUGGGGGAAUACUCCCAGAGUUUGUCAGGGCUGGUGGGGGAAGGCUUGCAGAUAGCAGCCUGUUCUGGGGGCUGGGGUCAGGGGAAGCUCGGGCUUCCCCCGCCCCAACCCUGCGCCUGGGGGGGGGAAAAUAAAUUUCUUUUUCUUUAUUUCCCCCCCGAAAAGUAGGUGCGUCCUAUGGGCCGGUGCGUCCUAUAGGGCGAAAAAUACGGUACUUUCCAAAUAUUGCUGAAUACAGCUCCCAUCAGGCCCAGCAAACAUGUCCAAUGACCAGUGAUGAUGGGAAUGAUAGUUCAGUGACAUCUGGAGGGCCAAAGGUUCCCCACCCCUGUGCUAUAGCAUGUUUGCUUGGCAGCAGCCCAGGCAACAAUGGUAUCAAUGCUUCUCUCUCUGUGGCACCCGCUCAGGCUAUUGAUGUGUUCCUUUGCCCAGGGUAAUGUGGAAAGGUAAUGUGAUGUGGAAAGCAUUGUUUUCACUUUGAAUUCAUUUAUUCUUUCAAAUUUAAAACUCACCCUUCCUCUCCAAAGGGAGCCCGGGGUGGCUCACAAUAAUAAAAUGACCUACAAACAAUGUAAAACACCAACACAUAUUUCAGAAUUGGCUUUGUUUACUUUCCAGUGAUGUUCUGAUAGUACCAAAUGCUAAUGUGAACAUCUGGAGCCUCCUUAGUUAAAGUGAAACAACUUGGCAGAAGAGAAGUAAGCUAAAAUAAAUGAAUUUAUUUAACACCGAGACUACAUAAUUCUUCAGGGAUUAGGUUAAUCAGAUCUCCUGCUGCCUUGGAAUGAGUACAGGGCUUAUAAAGCUGAACAUUCUGUGGAAUUUUUAGUGAUCAAAAGUCUCACUCGCUUUCAGUUCUGCAGAGUUUCACCAGCUUAUUCCAUCAUGAUUCCCUGUCUGUCUGUCUGUCUGUCUGUGCCUCCUGUUUUUGUUUUAAUUCUGCCCCUCUUUGGGAUUGUGACAUAUGGCUGUUGUUACAGAGACUCCAGGGCAGUAACUGUCAGAUAAUGAAUUAUGGACAUUGUACCUUAAUCCCAUCAUUUCCCAUCCCUGAUCAGUAAUUCUCAGACUAAGGUAGGAGAAUCAUACUAACCUGCUUAUACAACUCUUUCUGUGAGAUGGCACUGGCACCAAACCAAUGGCAUGUUGCAGGGCCAAAAUGUGUAGAGAAAGGGCUUGGUGUGGGGAAAAGCACACUCACUGGAUCCAGCAUGCUGGAUUCGGCUUAUGAUGCAAAUUUGAUCACCCACCAACCAAUUGUCAAAGGGAAUGUUGGGUCCUCCAGUUAGAACAGCCACUGGAUUGGUGCCUUUUUGUGUAAAAUAACUAUUGCAAUUCUCAAAGCACUUUGCUUUGCAAUGUUAAUUCUACGCUUUUUCCUGAAGAGACCUUCAUGUCGCCGCUAAGUACAUGCUUGAAUAUGCUUCAUCUGACUAUCUAUCUUUCCUUAAACCUUACCUUCCCCUUGUUGAAAAUGUGUGCUCACAUAUUUAUUGCUCACCAUUCUCAAGUUUGUUGGUGAAGAGGCAAACACUGGAUGCAGUAAUGAAUUUCUUAAUGCUGGGCUGAAUUCUGAAGCAGUCAAAACAAGAACGGGUAAAAACAUGGUGGGGAGGGGGCUGUCUGCAAGAAAGUGCUAGAUUAUUUAAAAAAUCUAUCCAUGGCAUUUGUGGGGGUUAUAUAUAUGUGCAAGCUCACUGUAGAGUAGCGAGCAAUUGAUAUGUGAACAUUGAUGCAUCUUUCAAGCUGCCAUUCAUGUGCAAAGGACAUCCUGAGAUGAAAACAUGCUGCACUAUCACGACUUUUAGCGUUGCUGCUUGCAAAAUGUAACAUGUUUACAUACCGGCUGUCUUAAGCCAUUAUUGUGCCUGAUCCAUUACUUGCAGGAUGGAAUGAUGUUUUGAUUGUUUCAAAGACUCUGAAAUCCUUCAGGUAUAUUGCUGACUCAAUACACAGGCACCAUACCUAACAUUAGUAAUGGUAAAUCAGGACCAAACAAGAUGCAAGAUCGGAAAUGUAUGAAUGCAUUUCUGCUUAUCGUUCCCCAACUCCCAUUUGGUAUCCAGCACUUGGGGCUUUCCCCAGGCCACAUCACCUCAUUGGCUACACCCCUCACUGGACCUAUUCUGCACCAUCUCCAGUUCUUCUGCUUGGCUGGCAUACCUUCAGCUGUAACAAGGCCUCUUGCUUACCUGGAGGGAGGAGAUGUAUGUGCAGAAACCUCUCAACAUUUGUGUGGCUGGAGUGUGGCCUACUAUAGGAAGAUAAGAGCUGCCUUGCCAACCUCUGGCAUGUGCCCCCUGGAAGGUUGUCGAAGAGAGCAGAGCUGGCCCAGCAAUGAGGCAGGGUGAAGCGUCUCAGGUGGUGGUGGAAGCGCAAAAGGAUAGCUUUCUGUUUCACAGGCCAUCUUCCACCAUGUCCCAGGUUACUAUCAACAAUAAGUACAACCCUCCUGUUGGCCUUCUUCCUUGGGGUGCCUGGCUUCUGUGCUGUUAGCUUUGGCACGCUUAAGUCCCGGACUCCUGGGGCCUUCCUGUGGAGAAACGUGGCAAAGUAUACCUAGAAUGCCUCUAUGCCGCCCUCUUAUGAGGCUACUCAAUGGUACUCAUGAAGGGCCUGAAGAUGGCGUAGGAGUAAGAGCUAAGGCCUUCUUUGUAUGGCAGGCCCUCACUUAAAGGCCUAGUUAUCCCAGGAUGUUCUCUGGAGUUCUCUCUGAGGCUUUUAAUAUCCUCCAGGUUUCCCCAACCUUCAUUCAGGCUAAGGCCCUGCAGCUGGACUCCUUCCCUCCCAUCAGGCAGAUGAAUGACAGGGCCCUCCCUGCUUCUUCUAGCACAGAUGGACCCUUUAGGCAAUGUUUCCUCCGUACCAAAUGGCUUUAAAUCCAUACCAGGUAAUCAUUUGGACAAUUGCACUAUCAGCCAAGCUUUACCAGUGUGUUAGCAUUUUGAGGCUUGGGCCUGACCAUAAACACCUAGAAGCAGGUUCCUAUCUGGUGGCUAUUUAUCUACUGCCAUUUUGUGCAGUAUAUUCUGGCACAGCUGACCAGUUCCACCAGCAUGUGAUAAAGGAAUGCAAAGAUCUGUAGGCCCUGACUUGUGAGGCAGAUGGGGAUUUUUGUUUUACUUCUGCUCAGCUAAGCAUGGUCUGUUCUAAUCUUUGCAACAGACUAUGCACAAUUGUUUAGUAUCUUUUUUGGGGGGUGGGGAGAAGAGGGCAGGUUGGGGAAGUAUAGAUAUAGAUAUAGAUCACCGGAUUAGGGUUGCCAUAUUCUGACGAUCAACACCCCCCCCCCAUUUGGGCACCCUGCCACCCCACAUCUCCCUCGCCUCCCUGCUGCUAACCCCUUUACUAUUUAUACCCUACACAUCUUACUGGGCUUCCCCAGCCCCUCUGGGCAGCUUCCAACAUAUAUAAAAACGUAAUAAAGCAUUAAACAUUAAAAAAAACCCACUUCCCUAUAUAGGAUUGCCUUCAGAUGGCUCAGGGGUUGGAUAACUCUAUACCCUCUAAUAUUUAUCCAAUGAAAAUAGAGACAUCCUAAGGAAAAAUGGGACAUUUUGGGAUCAAAUCAGAAACCAGGAUGGCUUCUCUAAAUCAGGGACAUCCCUGGAAAAUAGGGACACUUGGCGGGUCUGUGAACCUUAUUGUACCUCACUUCUAACAACGUUCACUGGCUUGCUAUUGGAAACUUGUAUGACUGAGCCAUAAUUAUUGUUGGGUGAAAAUAGAGAGGCAGCCUUGCAUACAUAACCAUUCCCUCCACGAAAGGAUCAGUAACCUUCAGCGAAUGGCUGGUCUAGUUGUCAUUUAUUUGCCUCUCCAUGCAACUGCAAAUAUUCACCUGUCCCAGAAGAAUGUAAAGGCUUGUGGCGUUUUGAAAGACUUCACUCUUUGUGGAUAGGUUUAUCCCACACAGAGACACUGCUGUAUCCUAUGUUGCAUCAAUUUCCUGAAGAUUAACUAUGGAAGGCAAGUUGAUCACAGGUAGCAAGCACGUUUGACUUUGCUCUCUGCCAAGUCCUGAUGAAUGAUCUACCUCCAUCAUUCUCUGUUCUGUGGGACCUGGGUCAACAGUACUCUUAGAGCACAACAGACUCAUUCCUUCUCCCCGGGAAAUCUUGGAAUUUUACUGUUUGGAGAAGGCAGUGGGGAGAAUCUAACAGGGGUAGCCAAUGUGGUGCCUUCCAAAUGCUUCUUGGAUUCCAACUCCUAUCACUGCUAGCCAGUGACAGUGGUGGCUGGCGCAACAUCUGGAGGACAUCCCAUUGCCUAACCAUGCUCCUCUAACAAAGAAUUACCACAAUUCCAAGGAUUCUUUGGGUCAUGACAGUUAAAUAGUUUCCAUAUAUUUCUACCCACUUUGUAUGUGCAUAUGCCCUUACUGUUAUGAAUGGAUAACUUCAUUAGGCACCAGCAAGCUUCUUUGUGGAGAGGUGCCAGACCCCUUUUAAUGUGUGGAAUUGAUGAGGCAGAUGGCGUGCGUGGUCAGGAGACAGAAACAAGGCAAGAGUUUGUAGCUUGUAAUUGGCUAAAUUUCCUGCACCACUUCCUUCUCUGCAGAUCCAUCCAGGAUUUUUAAAUACUUGUUACAUGAAUAAGAAGUAUUAGCUCUUGCAGCGUGGAUACAGAUACGACUCGAAGGGCAUUCCUGGUGCAAAUGUAUCAUUGCAGCCUUCAGAAACCUGAUGCCCUCCAGUUGUUCUGGACUACAAUUCCCAUCAGCCCCUGCCUUCUCAGAUGGGGUACAUUGUACCUGGAAUUGUGCUGUUUUGAUUAAGGCAAUGAGUAGACUUAGAAAUAGCAUCACAAAUGGUAGUGCUGAAGGGCAAUUCUGGGCAUUGAUACUCCCAUCACUCUGGAAAGCAGAGCUCUCCCAAGCACUAUUCUCCCCUAUGAAAUUCACUUUUCAUAGCUAAGGGUGAAUUCUUUCUUCCUAACUUUGCUUUGUAACCUUUUUUUGAGCAGCAAUAAGGAUUAGGCUUAUUGUAAGGAUAAGGAUGGGACGCGGGUGGCGCUGUGGGUAAAACCUCAGUGCCUAGGACCUGCUGAUCGUAAGGUCGGCGGUUCGAAUCCCCGCGGCGGGGUGAGCUCCCGUCGUUCGGUCCCAGCUCCUGCCCACCUAGCAGUUCGAAAGCACCCCUAAGUGCAAGUAGAUAAAUAGGUACCGCUUUCUAGUGGGAAGGUAAACGGCGUUUCCGUGUGCUGCGCUGGUGCUGGCUCGCCAGCUGCAGCUUCGUCACGCUGGCCACGUGACCCGGAAGUGUCUUUGGACAGCGCCGGCUCCCGGCCUCUUAAGCGAGAUGAGCGCGCAACCCUAGAGUCGGACACGACUGGCCCGUACGGGCAGGGGUACCUAUACCUUUACCUUUAAGGAUUGGGCGCCGUUGGUAAGAGAAAAUGGAAUGUACUUGUCCUUCUUUGGGAUCUCUCCUUUCCUCUCGAGAUAUUUGGACCCAAAACAAGAGCAGCAAUGCUUCUCAGGAGCAUAUAUUCAUAGAAUCAUGGAAUUGUAGAGUUGGAAGGGUCCCUGAGGAUCAUCUAGCAAUGCAGGAAUAUGUAGCUGUCCCAAACAGGGAUCGAACCUGCAACCUUGGUCCUGGUAGUGGGUUCCUGCUGUCUGAUGCCUUUGACCACCCCCUAACUGUGCCCCCCCCCUCUCUCUGACUUUCAGAAGACAUUGGGAAAAGUGCCUCAAACCAGCACUGUGCCGCUGUAUGAGGAAUCAAAAUUCUAAUGGUGGGAGAUUGAGGACCAGCUGGCGCCACCACUAACCUCCAUUCUCGUCUUUGACAUCUGUACCUCCCACUACACUUGGUGUAGCCCAGCAUCUGAGGACAAUCUAGGAAGCUGCUGCUGGAAAGGAAAGCACAGGACUUGAGUCACCCUCACCUGAGCCAGCUCCUCUGUCCUGGUGGCGUGUCCUGGUGCCCUUUCUGCCAAGGGACCAAAGGCAGCAGUUGCUCAGCGGAAGAUAGCUUGUCUUGGCCAUUGCAGCCAAAUCACUGAAUCCAGCGUUUCUUCCAUUGCAUGGAUUGAGAGCGACCAUUUGUUAAUCCUGUUAUAUGUCCAGCAGACCUACUGAAUGGGAUAUGAAAUGGAUCCAGAGGAAGAUCCUUGCUCCUCAGGGAGAACAAGAAAGCACUUGCUCUGUGAGCAGCCCAAACUGAAGCGCAACUCAUGAUUUGCCACUGGGGAAAGACCUCACCGGGAAGCUUUCUCCCCUUCAAAACUUCCUGUUGGUAGACUAUAUUUUAGUAAAUCAAGCCCCGAGAAGAUUCUUUUUAAGUAACGGACGGUAGUUUUGAAAUGAGAAUGCUCUCUUAUUACCCAAAUUAUGGCAAUACUCCAGAAAUGUUAUGGGGAAAAUAGUUUUUAAAGAAUAUUUGAAAAGGACAGCCUGUCAUAGGUUGCUUCCACACUACAGCUUUUUAGUAUUAUUUGAGAUACUGCUUUUCCACAAACUGACUGGAAGCAGCAAUAAAACAGAGGUUCCAAAUAGACCUCUGUAAUAUUUAUUCACAAGUAAGUCCUAUUCAGUAAAAAGCCCCUACAAUGUUAAUUAAAAGUUGACUCUUCCUGGAGGAGGGGUGCAUAAAUUUAAUUACUGGUUUCCUUGUAUCAUUUUAUUCUUCUAUAAUGAAAUAACACUGUUUUCAAAGAAAGAGAAAAAAACGAUGUAAGGAAAGCAGUAACUAAAGCCCCUGAACGUAAGCUAACCAAAAAGUAUAACGUAUCACUAAUUGUCCCAGCAGUGCUGGACAAGAAGCAAUUAAACUUUGAGGAAACUUGAAUCAAAGGCGUAGGAAGUCUUAAAAGCUUUGAUAAUGUUUUGCCAGCACACACAGGACAAGCAGUAACUGCAAUUGCAUUUUAUUGCAAGAGGCAGGAAAAAUGUCAUAAAACAGGUCUGGAAAAAACACAGGACGACAACACAGGAAACACUGGAAAUGCAACAAUUUGGCAACGAAUUGCCAAAUUUGUUAAGGAUGGCUGUUUCAGAGAAAGGGGCCAGUGUUGGAAGCAAUCACAGUAUGCAGUGGCUAGCUUUGUGGUUUAUGGAAAUUAUUUAACCAGAUAUAUUUCAUGGAAAUUCACCUUUGAUCAGGGGAGGAAAAGUGCAGUUUAAUUUAUGGACAGAAGAUGAACCUUGUGUAUUUUGAAAUGGUUAUGAGUUGAACCAUACAGAAAUCCCCCACCCACCCCCAUGCAUACCACGAUCAUCUGAGACCGAGAAGUGCCAUUUCCAAAUCAGAGUGCAAUUUCCCUUCAUUUUGAAGGCAUCAAGUUCUACCGAAUACCUGUACAACUCUUAGUUUCAGAUUGUGUUGUAUAGUAUCUGUUGCCAAUGUAUUGGGAAUUUGGGCUUGGUUUAUGAGCUCUUUGACCUGGAUGUGUCCUGCUAUUAUUUGGAAAGCACUGUGUAACUAUAAAAAAUGUAUUUUUGUGUACAUUAGCUACAUAGUGCUACCUCAAAUACUGUUCUAAAACCAAUGAGCAUUUGAUGGUUUUAGAACAAAUGCAGAACACUCUGCUCCCCGCCCCCAUAGCACUUCUCAAUUGGACAAGUAUCCUUAUAAUUUAAUCUCAUUCACAACAAGGCCCCCAAACUCAUCUGGGAGAGCCAAGGCAGUCCCAGGUUGAAAUCUCUGCUUGGUCAUGAAGCCUAAUUCAUGACCUUGGGUCCUCCAUUCUCUGUUAAGUCCAAUCUACUGCUCAGGGUUGUUGUUGUGAGGAUAAAACAGGGAAGAGCAUAUCAUGGAGCUCCUUGAAGGGUUGGAUACAAAUAAAAUAAAUGCGAUGAAACUGAUCUACUCACCCUCCUCUGUAUCUCUGGGAUUGUCCACAACUUUGUCUCUCCUCUUUCCACUGAAUGGUACUAAACUUGUAGCUUGAUGGAGGUAGGUUCUGGGACUGGCAGGUUCUUACACAUGCAGCGUUAUUAUUUUUUUAAUGGUGAAGCAUUAACUCUACCAGCCCAUGCAAACCCCGCCCCCCAUGCUGCUCUUAUCUUUUCUGGCUUAUUGGCCAACAACCCAAAAGUGACCCAUGAAGCUAAUUCACUUGAUUGCUUUGCUCAUCACUUUUUGCAAGCUCAGAAAGGUGAAUGUUAGAAGCAAAUUGCAAGAAAGUCACUAGUGCACCUGUUUUCGAAUAAAUCUGUGGCGCAACAAGGUCAGAGGGGCAGUAGAUAGAUCUGUAUCAACUGAUAGGUCUCUGAGUGGUCUUUGGUAGACUGGAAUGGAUUUCCAACUCCCUAUUGUUGAUAGUAGCACCAAAAUCUCUCCCCCCACCUUCCACAAUUAUACUGGGUAACUUUCUGGGUAACCAGAAGUGGAUUUUUAGCUCUUUUUCAGUUCUGUUACUCAAAACAAACUGAGCUUAAUUCUAAGGGUAUGUCACUAGAGGAACACUGAGAUCAGAGGGAAAUGAAAUGUAAAAAAACAAUCUAAUGUGUUGAAACUUGAACUUAUGUAAAUAAUUACAGUGAUUAUUCACAGAACAGUAUCGAUGAUAAUACAAAGAUGCUGUUUGUUAUUGGUCAGGUAAUUAGCACUUGAAAUUAGCGGGCUAAAAACCCACUAACUUGCUUCAAGCCACACAAGUGAUAAAUGUUAACAACUUGCUAAAUUACAAUUAAUUGGUUUCACGCUGGAGUCUUCCUUCAACAUUUGUUUACAAAUGAUCCUUUAAGGCCAGUAACGGUGUCUGAGAUGUUAAAAUAUUCACUGAACAGUUUCUGAUUACUGCCCUUUCUAAUGCCAUUAUUGUGUCUAUUAUUUUGGGUGUUGGGAGAAAGUAACAUGGGGGGGUGCUCCUCUGUGAGUGGGUGCUUUGGGUUCAGAGUCUUUUAAACAACUAGUGCUCUGGCAGUCUGGGAAUGCCUGCGCUAGUCUUUUAAGUUCAAACAGUUAGGAUACAGCAAUGUUCUGAUAGCAUCCUUCAUGCUUGGGCUGACACCAAAUGCCUUGUUUACUUAGCUAUAAAUGGAUGCCUGAUCCAGUGAGCUGAUGCAGUUCAAAGGUGGCUAUACCUGGCAAGAAGCCAAAUCCCUUUCGUCUGUUUUCAUAAAAGAUUUUUAGAAACAAAUACCACCCAAGCCAGAUGCCUCAGUUAAGGAUCCGAAUUCUGUAUGCUACAGCUGAUUUCUAGCUCCAUCCUGCCUCUCUUCGACCUACAAUGGUAUUGUCUACAUUUGUUCUGGCUUUUUUUCUUGCUGCUGCUGUUGCUUGGUUGGCUCAUAGACAUUCUCAGAUGUUCACCUAUGAACUUUGGGAGCACUAUGUAUACUUGAUGCACCUUCCAGGUUUUUUUUUUAGUUAGUCCCUUUUCUGUGCAAUGAAACACAUACAGUGCAAUGUUGCGUAUGCUUAGAGUUUGGUCUAGUAUCAAUUCAGUGUACCGUCAUCUUCUAGCAUCAUGUUUAGCAGUACUUUUAGCUUUGCUCCAAGUUGGGCUACCUGGAAUGCAACUUUCCAAGAGCUGUGCAGCCUCAAAAGAUGCUGAGGGAAAUGACCCCCAUUCUGUAUUACAAUAUUCUGUAAGUAAGUCAGAUGCACUGCCUUGGGAGAGCUAAAAUCUCGCCCUCCUUAUGUUCCACUGUAUGCUGAACAACCUAAGAGUAGCACAUUAAAUGAUUAAGACCAGCACUACUAUUUUCCAAUUUUUAUUUUCAGUUUCAGUAGCUUAGUAUACUUAUUUGCAUUGCAAAUUACUUCAGCUGGACUAAAUACUGAGCAGCUGGACUAAAUACUGAGCACCAUUACCAACAAGAUCAGAAUCCCAAUUUCACCUGUUAGCAUGCACUUUAAAAAAGGGGAAAUCAACCCUUUAGCAUUCGUUCACCACCCUGAUUGAAAGGACAACUUAACUUACAAAGAUCUGUUCAGCACCAAAAUGAAAACGGGCAGCCUGACCCUUUGAUGAAAUAGGUUAGUAUCUCACCAUCCUAAGAUACCUAGAAUGCAGGGGAUAUCACUCAGCCUGUGAAGGGGUCAGCUGCCUCUGGGCAUCUCUUUCACAAGUGUCUCUCCAAGCCAUUUGCAUAGCUGAGGCAGAUGCUCCUGGAAUUUUGGCACUCCGGGCCAUUGCCUAGUUUGUCUCUAGGUUGGGCUGGCCCAGGACUAACCUAUAACAAACCUAUAAGAACGUAAAGAAGAGCCUGCUGGAUCAGGCCAAUGGCCCAUCUAGUCCAGCAUCCUGUUCUCACAGUGGCCAACCAGUUGCCCGUGGGAAACCCACAAGCAGGAUUUGGGCACAACAGCACUCUGUCCACGUAUAUGUUAUACUCUAGUAAAGAGAGGCAUAUGUGUCCUCAUCUUUGUGACUUCAGCAGCAGGCAUUCCAGUUAAUAAGACAACAUUUUAGGAGGAGGUGACCUGGCCUUUUUUUUUGUAGCAGCAGUGAGAAUCCAAUCUCUCUACUUGUCUCUUCAAGUCCUCUGUUCUACAUGACUCCUACUUCUAUCACCCAAAAACUAUGCAAUAGUAUUUUUUUUAAACUAGCUUGCUAUGCCAAGCUUCUUUUCGAAGCCUGAGGUUUGGUCUAGCUCUUCUCAUAAGGCAGUCAAGAACAGUACUAUACAGAAGUCGCCUGCUUACGCUUGAAUUUAGUGUGCCAAAUGGAGACUUGAAGGAAGUACACAGCUACCUUAGGAAGGAAUGAGAGGACAGGUGAGGGGAAUAGGGAGACGUUAUCUAGAACUAUAGCCUAUUCUAUUAGGGGAAAAUUGCCAAAGCAGAUUCCCCAGAACCUAAAAUGAAGAAUACAAAAAGUCAUGUUACCUCUUGCUAAGGAGUGAGACAGACAGGCAGACAAACAAACAAACAAACAAACAAACAGACAGAAAAUCUGAUGUCUCUCCUUUUCCCUACCCGAUAAAAAGAAGCUGCAGUUCUGCACAAUUUUUGCCUGUUUAUUGAAAAACCAUGCUUAUGGACAAACACACAGCUACUAUGUGCCAUGAUGACUUUGGUCUGGCCUCUUCCCACAAUACCAGUCUCCACUGGAUUUUGGGCAGCGCUACAUUUCCCCUGCCCUGCAAAGGUGAUGGGGGCAAGAUAUCUAUAGCCCUCUCUUCCCUUCCCACCACCAGAACGGAGGAUGCUUUAAGAAUCAUAGAGUUGGAAGGGAUCCCCAAGGGUCAUCUAGUCCAACCCCCUGCAAUGCAGGAAGGCGCCCUCCACCAGGGAAACCCACACCCAGUUUAGAACAGCUCUUCAGGGCUCCGCGUCUGCCACUGGUCGCAAGGUCAAGUAUUGCCUGUUCAGAUCAAAAUCAACUGCAAACAAAAGAAAGGAUGACGGAAGUCCCAAGAACGAUCUGACCACUUGCAGGGUACGGGAUGAGGAGGGAAAGUCAAGGAGGCAAUGUGGUAGUAGACACUGGAAGAUGGCUGGGAGGCUGAUAAGGGAUCCGUAACUUCAGUUCCGUUUCUUGAGCUGCGAUGUUGCUUCUACUUCAAGAUACUGCAGCCCAAUCAGCAUACCCAGGAUGGAGAAACCUGAGACAGAUGGAAAAUGAGAGGGAGCAGAGGACAUUGCUACCUCUUCUAUAUCUUUAGGAGGUGUAAUAAUAAUAAUAAUAAUUUAUUAUUUAUACCCUGCCCAUUAAAAUACAGUAAUGAAUCAAACAUUAAAAGCUUCCCUAAACAGGGCUGCCUUCAGAUGUCUUCUAAAAGUCUGGUAGCUGUUGUUCUCUUUGACAGCAGGUGGGAGGGUGUUCCACAGGGUGGGUGCCACUACUGAGAAGGCCCUCUGCAUGGUUCCCUAUACCUUGGCUUCUCGCAGUGAGGGAACCACCAGAAGGCCCUCGGCGCUGGACCUCAGUGUUCGGGUAGAAUGAUGGGGGUGGAGACACUCCUUCAGAUAUACUGGACCAAGGACGUUUAGGGCUUUAAAGGUCAGCACCAACACUUUGAAUUGUGCUCAGAAAUGUACUGGGAGCCAAGGUAGGUCUUUCAAGACCGGUGGUAUGUGGUCUCCGCAGCCAAUCCCAGUAACCAGUCUAGCUGCUGCUUUCUGGAUUAGUUGUAGUUUCCAGGUCACCUUCAAAGGUAGCCCCACAUAGAGUGCAUUGCAGUAGUCCAAGCGAGAGAUAACCAGAGCAUGCACUACUCUGGUGAGGCAGUCCGCGGGCAGAUAGGGUCUCAGCCUGCGUACCAGAUGGAGCUGGUAAAUAGCUGCCCUGGACACAGAAUUGACCUGCGCCUCCAUGGACAGCUGUGAGUCCAAAAUGACUCCUAGGCUGUGCACCUGGUCCUUCAGGGGCACAGUUACCCCAUUCAGGACCAGGGAGUCCUCCACACCCGCCCGCCUCCUGUCCCCCCAAAACAGUACUUCUGUCUUGUCAGGAUUCAACCUCAAUCUGUUAGCCGCCAUCCAUCCUCCAACCGCCUCCAGGCACUCACACAGGAUCUUCACCGCCUUCACUGGUUCGGAUUUGAAAGAGAGGUAGAGCUGGGUAUCAUCCACAUAUUGAUGGACACCCAGCCCAAACCCCCUGAUGAUCUCUCUCAGCGGCUGCAUGUAGAUGUUGAAAAGCAUGGGGGAGAGGACAGAACCCUGAGGCACCCCACAAGUGAGAGCCCAGGGGUCUGAACACUCAUCCCCCCCACUUUCUGAACACUAAUUGCAUUUGGUUACUAAAGCCCCCAUUUCAGCUCUGUUCAGUUAUGAAGCUUACUUGCUGGCUUUGGCCAUAUCACUGUCACUUAGCCUGUCCAACCAACCCAUCGCAGGGAAAAUGUGAAGGUAAGUUUAUGAUCUCAGGGGAAAAGCAGGCUACAGCUUUAACAAGCCAAGCACCAAAGAAUGGGCUCUACUUACUUGCCACCAUUAGGGGUGCCAAGACACCGAUUGUUGCAGCUGCUGUGCCAUAAAUAAACACUUCAGAGAGGAAGUGGCCGAGGGCAAGGAAGAAGGUCAAAAGUGUGAUGUUAUAGAGGCUGCCGGAGAGAACAAAAAAAUGAGAAUUAUUGCAGGCCACAGAGAGAUGCCGACAAAGAAAUUAAGAGUCAAGGAGUUUAGACAAAAAACACACAAAGCAAACACACUCAAUUUUUGCACUAUGCCAAUAUGAUGAUGCCUUCAAAAUGCUGUUGGACUCCAACUCCCAUGAGACCCCACCAGCAUGGCCAGUGGUCAGGGAUAAUAGAAGUUGGAGUCUAGGAACAUCUGGAAAGCACCACACUGGCUAUCCGGUAAUACAGCUACAUGCUAGACUGGCUUCUGCAUUUCUUGGAAAUGACAGAGAGCCUCCUUCGUUGCUCAAAUGGUAAUUCAGAUGAGCUGGUUCAGUCCAUCUUCCACCCACUAGUCACCACAUGGGAUAUAUGGCCUUCCCCAGGCUGAUUAAUAGGAUUAACAGCAUGGAUGGCAAGGGGUGUACCAAGUUGUGGUAGCUGGUAUUGCUUUGGUUAAAGCAAAAUGGAUAAAAAUCAACUGGGAUUUUUUUAUUUUAAAAGUAUAGUGACUUCGAGAAUAACCAGGUUUGAAGUGACCCUCGAUUUACCAUCAAAAUGUUGAAAACCUACACAUACAGCACAACCCUUUAUGUCUUCCCAGAAGUACAUCCCAGCAUUGCUCACUCACCUGCACGGUAAAAAAUUACUUUGGUAUUAUCUAAAUCCCUCUUCUUAUUAGGGCUAAAUUGACAUCACAAUUGGAAAAGAACUGGGGACAGGUUUCAGACUUGCCGCGUAACUCUGGGGAAGCAAACAGACCGAGUGCCCGUUCUCCUUUAAAAGUACACCUCACCUUGUCGAAUGACACAGUACAAAUAGCUCCCUCUCAGCAUGUAGCUCCUUGCCACUCUGGGAAAUGGGAGAUGAAGCUGCCAACUUCGAUGAUAAAAAAAAGAGAGCUACUGUGGCUUUUCACACAUUAUUCCUGUCGAGCCAACAGAGUGGAAGGAGGGUGAACUGGCUUGCAUCUCUGGAACAGACUCCUCAGCUAAACUCUUAUCAGUUAUGCUUGCACAGAGGGUAAUGGGGACAGCAUAGUGCUUUGAAGCCAUGGAAGUAUUACUAAUGAAUGAGGACGAAAUGGCUACAUUUUACUUUAAGUAUGUUUGCAGCACUGGCAGUUUAAAAAAGAAUUGCAAUCCAAAAACCUUGCCCUGUGAAACUUAAUCUGUGCUUUCAAGUCCACAUCUUUCUCUGUAAAUAAGUGACAUUUAAAUUGUGUUUGCAAAUGUAUUAUGUCAAUCAUGGUGAUUUUAAAUAAAUAUAUG